GUUUGUCUCCUCACGUCAUAUGCGCGACACGGACCGGAUCUCUUGAAUCAAACAUGUCUCUGACAAGCGGCAGCUACAAACCCGUGAGCUAUGUCCUCUUCGACAUGGAUGGACUGUUAUUAGGUCUCGAAACAUAUUUUUUGUCUCUGUUAGUCAUCUAAUGCGAGGCUACUCCAGUGCCAUGGCUGCAGUGAAACAGAAACUCACUCAGCCCGCAAUGUGCAGCCUCACUGCCGAACUCUAUUAGAAAUAUUAGAAGUUCUUGAUUUUUUGUAUAUAACUAAAUGAGCUUAUUAUACAAAACAUUACUUAAGCGGUAUUGGACAUGGAAUAGGCUAAUAUUGAAAUCGGAAUAAAAUUUUAAAAGCCAUCUGCUGUAGGAAUCACAAAUUUUUGACUUUCACGUAUGCUGAACCUGGUUGACGUAUGUGUAUGAACUACCCAAAUGUGUUCAGAAGAAGCGUGUGUCUCAGCUUCACACUUAAAGAAGUUGUGGUUUUUCUGUCAUUUAAAACGUCCUUAUUCAGCUUCAGACACAAGCCGAAUGGAAGAUGUUUGAUAAAUUUACACAUUUAAGUUUGAACACUUAGUGCAUUGAAAUUAUUUGUUCGCUUGUAAUUCUGUUUAGAAAGAAACUAAUAAUUUUAAAGGAAGUUCAACUCUACGCCAAUGAAACAUUUUGCCGUCUUGUCUUAGUGGCACUCCUCAUUGAAAAUCAUGUAAUGUAAUAAUAACUGCAAUUGUGGAAUUUUAAUUUUAUUUGCUUCAGUUAGGCAGCAGCUUUUUAAGUAUAUAUGUUAAAGUUUGAGGUCACAUCCAACUUCUGUAGUCAUGCCCAUGUAUUUUGUGGCAUAAAUAGAUUAUAAUUGGUCUAUCGGCACAUUGAAUUCACUUUCUUUAUUUUAUCCCAUUCCAGACACAGAGCGGCUGUACACCGUGUCCUUCCAGGAAGUCUGUGACCGCUUUGGGAAGCAGUACACCUGGGACGUGAAGUCGACUGUGAUGGGGAAAAAAGCUCUGGAAGCUGCUCAGAUGAUUCGAGACUCUCUGGAGCUUCCCAUGACAGCUGAAGAGCUCCUGACUGAAACCAGACAGAUACAAGAAAAUAUUUUUCCCUCUGCCAAGCUAAUGCCAGGUAAACCUGAUUCUCCAGGCUGGUGUUAUUGAGAACACACAAAUAUUGAACCGGGAAAUGCAGCUGAUUUGUUCUCAGCUGAAGAGAGGACUAUCAUUAGCUCCUGUGUGGGCUGAUGUCCUCUUUAUUCUGAGUGUGGGAGUGCUGCUUCCUCUGUUUGUGUACAUGUGUGCACACACUCGGUGAUAUUAUGAUCUAAUAUUUAGCUUUGAUUGAAUUUAACCUUUAUUUUCUGAUUGUGUAAAUCUUUCCUGCAAAAUUUAAGAACCAAUAUCAGAAACAAGUUGAAUAAUUUGAGUUUGACAGACUUCAGUGCCAUGAAUACAGUUCAUCAUGCUGUCAUUACUCUCUCAUGGUGUCACACAUCAAUAUAAUGAUCAUGCAGCAAUAACUGCGCGUGUUGGUGUUAUAUAAGAAUGGUUGAUGAUUCAGCUGCUGCAGCAGUCUGAUAAUUUAAUUCCAUAACUGAUCCUGAUUUAAACCUUAAAAUGUCAUGUCAUCAUCGAAUUACCAUCAAGAGCAUUAAACCUGUGCUACUGAUGCUAUUUUUAAGCGCAUGUGACGCAUGCUGGUAAAUGACGGCACCUCGAAUUACGCUUUCUGAGUAUAUUUAAUUUGCUUUUGUAAACCAAAGCGGAUGUUGUCGACUGUUUAAGAAGGAAAUCUCUUCAUGCAAUGGCAAAAAGUUUGGGAGAUAUUUAAGAGCAGGUUUUACCCCUCCUAUCAGCCAAGUAACAAUACACAGUUGUGUGAAACAAAAUGUGUUUGUGGUGUGAUUUGAUUAGACAAGAAACUCUCUUUUGGAGCAGUCCUGUACAGCAGCCGUACAAAAGCAAAAAGAUAGAAAUGCAUGAAUAUUUGAAGCUGCAUGGAUGCAAAAUGAAGUAAUUCUACAUUGAAUUAAAAAACACAUUACUUAUAAGUAAUGUAUAAGUAUAAAUAUUAGUUCAAAUGACGCAACCCAGCUAGCAAAAAAACUUCAAAAAUGAUUAACUGGCUAGUAAUUCUGGUGCCAACUAUAAAAGAUGAUGAUUCCCCAUAGACAUAUCAACAGAUGCAGCGCUUUGAACUUCAUGAAUAAAUUACAGGUACUGCACAGCGAAUAUAUGAGUUGCACAUGCUAUUGCCUUGCCAGAAGGUUCCUUGUCCAAAUCCAGACCGGGGCUGGGUGGAUUCUCCCAGUGCGUGUGCAGGUUUUUCUCGUGCAUGCACAAGAAAACCUGCACAUGCAUUUUUAUGUUGUGUCUAUUCAUGUGCAGAUUCUCUCUGUGCAUGUGUGGUUUCUCCUUACACAUGCAUGGGUUGUCCUUGUGUGUGUGCAAGUACAUGUUCCUCCUGCAUGUGUGGAUUCUUUCUAUGCAUGUGCAGGUUCUCCAAGUACAUUUGUGGGUUCUUUCUGUGCAUGUGUGCCAAUCCCUGGAGGCUUUGGCUUCCUAACACAACCACCAAAGACAUGCACAUUUGAUUCGAAGGCUGCUCUGAACUGCUCACAGGUGUAAAUAUCUUUAUGUGUUAAGGUCCUUAUGCAACGGGAGCGACACAAAUAUACGACGCGAAAUCACAAAAUAUUCAGAGGCGAAUUUUGACGCGCCUGACUAUACACAUCAAGCAUGAUGCAAUUUUGCGACUUUCCGGGGAAAAAGACGCAUCCCGGGGAAGACUUUUGCCAGUGAAAGUCCCGCCUCCUUCGCCUCUGAUUGGCUAGUUAAGCUGGAAACGUCAUUACAAGCUGAAGCCAAGCAGUCAGCACUUAUAGCCAAUCAGAGAUGAUAAGAUAAGCACAUGAAACUAUGGUAACAACCGUUAGAAUACGUUAGCACAGAUGAAAGUUAAAACAAAGACGUUUAGCAAACUGUUAAAGCACACAAACCAUCGUCAUAUGAGAAAUGACUCUAUGACGCUAUGACUCUCCACAAGUUGUCCUUCAGGUCGUUAUCUUUGUAAUAUUUGUGUCUUUUAUCAAAAUGCACUCUGUUCUCUGACAUGUAAACAAUCAGCCAGUCGGCCAUGUUGGAUAUACCGGUGAAUCUGACGUAGCAACAACACACAAUCUGAUUGGUCAGAAGUGGACGCACAGUAUGCGAAACUUUAAAAAAUUGAUCGUGAUCCGAAAAAAUAAAUGCUGUAAUAUCGCAGGACGGGAAAGUGUCGCUGAUGUGAAUGCUUGUAUUGACAGGAUACGGGUUCGAAAAAAAGUUGACGUCCGAAAAAAUCACAUGAAAAAAACGGUCCUGGUAUGUAAAGACCUUUAGUCUUAAAAAGUGCAUAUCCGUGUGUUUAAAACAAAAAAGUACAUAUUAGUUAACCGUACACAUGUGGUCCUUUAGGUGUGGAGAAACUGGUGCACCACCUGAAGAAGAACAACGUCCCCAUCGCCGUGGCCACCAGUUCAGCAGGUGUGACGUUUGAGCUGAAGACCAAGAACCACAAAGAUUUCUUUGCUCUAUUCGACCACAUCGUUCUGGGAGACGACCCUGAAGUGAAGAACGCAAAACCUCAGCCGGACUCUUUCCUGGUCUGUGCCAAAAGAUUCAACCCUGCAGCUCCUCCAGAGAAGGUAAGCGCAGAUUAAAGGUGGUGAUGUUGAGAGCAGAUACAGAUUGGGACAUAAGAGGUCAAACCUGAGGUGUAGUUUUUUCAAUGUGGGUUUUUAUAGUGUUUUUUUUUCUAUUCCUCAUCUUGGAUUUGUCUGAAUUGAAGCUCUAGUGGUGAGAUUUCUUCGAUUUGAUAGAUGAUUGGUCAAAUAUUUAAUCACCAGAUAUCACAGUUGUUGUGUUGGUGAGUUCUCGUUCAUAUCUGUUGGUGUACAUCAGCUUUGAUUUCAAGUGUCACUCUUUUUAAAGAAGCAUCAGUCUGACUCAAGCUUUGAAUAAACCCACUGUGAGCUGAGGUGAACUCAGAGCUGUCAAUCAUCUCCACUUCUACCUAAAUCACAGCUACACACUCACCUCACCUCUCCUCUCUUCUCGGUCUGUUUUUAUUAUUCACUCUGUUUAUAAUAUCUUUAUAACAGUAAUCCCCAUGCAGCUCAAAGGACAGGUUCAUAUUCAAACCAUGAUUCUUUAUUUAUCAGACGUGUUUAUCCGGCUCUUCUUCUUAUUAAGCAAACAGGAAAUGGGGUUUGGGGACGUGCUAGUAGGUCACCAAACUCUGAAUGAACUUAGCAGAGUGUGACAAAGCAAAUAAAUAUCAUCUUAUAUAUGAUGCAGAGACGCCGGGUGAAGAAGUGACUGAGGAAAACUUUCAUAUUUGCACAGCUUCUUAAUUCAGACGGCGGCAGACACUCUUCAAAACUACAAGUUUCAGUUCAUGCAAAAGUUGAGGAUAAGCGAGCACGCUCAGUGUCUGUCUCUGUCUGAUGAAAUGAGUUUGUGCUUUUAACUUUUUGUGGAAACUUUCUGAUCACUUUAGAGGUUACAGGUCCCACAGUUUGUUAUAUACCAAACCCGUGUGUGUAACUGCAGAGAAGAGCCUCAACAGUAAACAUUUGAAUUAUUAACAAAACCAAACACGACUUCAUCAGAAUUCAGAACAGCGUUUCUGAUGCAUUUAUGGCCUCUUGUUGUUAUGCAUUGAUCUAACCUUUGUCUGUCAAGUUUAUGAAUUGUCUUUGAGUCUGAGCUUUGGUCCGGGUUUUGGUUUGGUGAUAAUUAAGCCUUAAAUGUUGGUUCACUGGUUUGCAGUAGGAGACAUAUUUGGGGUCAUAUUUAAUCAGCUUCUAGAGGUACAAGCAAGAGAGAAGUUGGUCUUUAAUUCCCUGUUGUUGUUGAAAAUGAAAAAAAAAAGUUUAUGUUGGGCAUGCACAGUGUGGAUUAAGUUUUUUAUGACAGUGUGCUUGACUGUUGUUGAACUUUUACUUAUUUUAUUUGGGUUCUUGAAACGGGAAUUAGCCAGAAGUGAUGUCAGGAGAUCAAAAGAUGGUUCAACUGGAAGGUCUUUUCUUUUCUUAGUCUUCAAAUCCUUAGAAUGUGUCUCUUCUGUGUCCCUCCCUCUUCCACUGAUCAAAUUAUGAGCUGUUGCAUUCUUGUGCAUGAAGUCAGACAAGUUUCUGGAGCAUGCUGGCUUCUUGUAGGGUCGAUGCUUGGUGCAGAUCCUGUUUGUGAUUGUGAUCCACACAGACGGCAUCUAAAGGUGUGCCUAAUGGGAGAAAUAAUUUGAAGAUGAGCAUUUUAAUCCAAAAUACUGAUCUGUACUCAGUAGGGGGGGCAAAUCACCAGUGGCCCCACAACGCAAUAUUAUCUUGAUACUUGGGCUACAAUAUGAUAUUUGAUUUUUAACAUUUUGCAAUACAGUGAGUAUUGCAGUACCAUAUAUUGCAAUUUAUACAAUGUUUUAAACUGUUUAGCUCUAUGUCUUUCCUUUAUGUUUGUGUUAUUUACACAGUGUUUUAUUUUCAAGUAGUAGGGCCCGACCGAUUGAUCAGCGAGCCGAUAAAAUCGGCCAAUUUUAGCCUGUUUGAGACUAAUUGGUAAUUGGCCAAAACUCGCCGAUUUUCACCAAUAUUUUCAGAAAUAAAAUGCGGAGAAAAAGAUUCGGUUUCACUUCGAAAAUGUUCCGCCAUUUAAAAAGUUCCCCGACUUAUCCUGUAGAUGGCGCAGCGACCUCAUGACAAUCUUCAUCCACUAACUACCUCACAGCACAGUGACGGAUCUGAAGCAGGCAGCUCAGGGACGCAAGGAGGAGAGUGGUCCACCUCAACGGUAAAUAAACCAGUUUGUGAAAUACACAGUAAGAUUCAGUUCAACCCACUUCACCAUGUUCCCCACUGUGCUGGUCUCGGUCACGCUGAGUUAACGGUGAAGCACCAUGUGAUAUGCAAGCUAAAGUUAGAGUUAGCCACCUGCUAUUAGCCUUCCUACGCUGUUAGCCGUGCCAGUAACGGUAGAAUAAACAACAGUACACAUUACGUGAUCGAGCUGAGACCGGACCGGAAUUGAGUAACGUGAGUUAAGACGUGGAGGCAGUGAUUGGCGGAGGGGGCUAGUAGAAAACUUUUCUGGUCUGAGCUCAAUCAGUCAGUCUUCCUGUCGGCGUGAAGAGUAGUAGCCUACAGUAUAUAUAAAUUUUUUGUAACUUCAUAAAAAAUUUUAAACAUCGGCUGAUCAAUCGGUAAUUAGAUAUUUUUCCCCCUUAUAAUCGGUAUCGUCAUCGGCCUCAACAAAUCUAUAUUGGUCGGGCCCUAUCAAGUAGCACAUCUUGCAAACCUUACAGAUAUAUAUAUUUAUUGUACUAACUUUCUCCUGGUUUAUGAUUUUGCCUCUGCCAACCUCACUGAACAAACAGUCGAUUUUAUUUUUCCAUUAUCAUUGAUUUGACCUCAAUAGCAAUUAAUUUGAAAAAAUUGAUUCUUGGUAAAUGAGACAAUACGAUAUAAAAUAUCGCGAUACGAUGCUGUAUCGAUUUUUUUCUCCCACCCCUACCAGUCUUUAUAAAACUAUUCCACGAUUAAUCACAUAGUUCAUUUCCCUUCAGCUGGAUGCCCUGCUCUCUCUGCAGAGUCACUGCAGACUCAUAACAUGCUAAUCUGACUUGGAAAAGUUUGCACUUGACUUCAAAUUUUUAUUGGUUUGUUUUUCUUGUCAAGCACUUUUUUUCAUUUCAGACAUUUCAGAUGGAAAACAAACACAGUGCAGUCAGGCCCAGAUAGAAAGAAUGAAUGUUUCAAAUCAGAUAACAGCGGCAGAAACUUUUCUAUUUUUCAUCAAGAAAAGGUGUUCAAGUAUAUGAAACCAAAGACUGAUGUUUUUUUUUUUUUUGGGAUGUCUGAAUUGAGGGUCCCGUUGGCUUCUUCAGGCUUUGACCUCCAGUUUGCAGCCUAGAAUGAAGUGGCUGUGAUGAAGAUCUGAGGCUGUAAAUCGUUGCCUGUAACAAAGAGUUGCUGCCUCCAGGUGGGGAGUAAAUCUCUGCCAUCAAAGAGCAAGCCCGGGUGUCUCUGGGCCUCGCUCAUGUGCGAGGGUAAAACUGAUUGUUAGGUUAAAAGGUGAUUUGGUGUGGCAUCAAGAGUAACAGGGGACUGUUAAAGUGAAGAGGAAGCUGAGGCUGAGGGCGGAGCUUUGAUUUAUGUCGAUCCACAUCCCAUCUUCAGCUGUGAUCAUGAGUCUGGAAACAGAAUGAGUGAUCCAGGAUUCAAGUAGCCAACAUCUGCAGAACUCCACAUUGAAAAGACUCAGAUGUGGUUGAAAAGGAAUCUGGUGCCACCUAGGCGCCUCCUUUUGGAGGUUUUGUAGGGAUUUUCAACCAUGAUGAGGCCCUUGGAUUGACCCUUACCCUUUUGGAGGGAUUGACUUGUUUGACCUGCCGCCCUUUCUAAUCCAUAAAUGAAAGCGUCACAACAUCAGGCACUUUAGAAAUCACAAAGAAAAACACAAAGCUGUGCAGACUGAGGAGAAAAAAGCUCCACGGCAUGUGCAGGAAAUUACAUAAUGGAGUGUUGUUAGUGUCUUCAAAAGUGUGACUACUGUUUGUCUCAGUGGGUUUUUUGCACAUCAGGUACAUUUCAGAGACUGAUCCUGUUUUCUCUGCGAGCUGGGAGCUUUUUGAUGUCACUUUUCAGAGGCGUCUGCAUGUCAGCAGCAUGUCAAACACUAUGUUUUCUCUCCGCUGCUAUUUAGCCUCUUGUGCGUCAGCAGAUUGCUUUUCAUUUACGGCUAACAUGUUGGCUUCGCCGUCACGCAGGCAGGUCCUGAUGUCAGCCGCUCUCUCACACUCCCACACUCCCACUGCCGCCGCGCUUUGAUCAGAAGUGGAGAGCUUUCAGAGUUCACGGGCUGUGUAAGAGAUAUUUACAGACACUCUGGAAGUCUUUCGCAGAGUUGAGUCAGUCUAAAAUAGCUGCCAAAAAUCUCUGUAAAGACACCAAAUGACAGUGUGAGUGCUGACCUACUUUCACUGAAACACUCGCUCUGAAGACCACACGCUAAGGAAAUGGUGGAAUUAUGCUGAUUUGAACAAAUUCACUGUGAAUCAUUGAUCAGUACGAGAUGUGCUUGCUGAAUAAGUGAUUCAGUGACGUGCUUAGCUUAGCUUUUAGAAUAUGAUUCUAUAAAAAUCAUAUAAACCCUCCAAGAUGUGCUGUUUUUAAACUAUUAUACGGCCUUUAUUACCGUGGAGAGUUUUCUAACAUGCUCCGACAUGAUCGUGCCAUAAAAUUACAGGCGGUUUAGUUUUAUUAAGCAAGAUUCCCGAGGUUCCUUUCCAUAAUUCAUGGUGCCAUGUGACGCCUACACAGAAGGAAUCACAGUUAAAUCAUUAACAGUGUUGGUCCAUAUUGACAUGAUGGCAUCACACAGUUGCCGCAGAUUUGUCGGCUGCACAUCCAUGAUGCGAAUCUCCCGUUCCACCACAUCCCAAAGAUGCUCUAUUGGAUUGAGAUCUGGUGACUGUGGAGGCCAUUUGAGUACAGUGAACUCAUUGUCAUGUUCAAGAAACCAGUCUGAGAUGAUUCCAGCUUUAUGACAUGGCGCAUUAUCCUGCUGAAAGUAGCCAUCAGAAGUUGGGUACAUUGUGGUCAUAAAGGGAUGGACAUGGUCAGCAACAAUACUCAGGUAGGCUGUGGCGUUGCAACGAUGCUCAAUUGGUACCAAGGGGCCCAAAGAGUGCCAAGAAAAUAUUCCCCACACCAUGACACCACCACCACCAGCCUGAACCGUUGAUACAAGGCAGGAUGGAUCCAUGCUUUCAUGUUGUUGACCCCAAAUUCUGACCCUACCAUCCGAAUGUCGCAGCAGAAAUCGAGACUCAUCAGACCAGGCAACGUUUUUCCAAUCUUCUAUUGUCCAAUUUCGAUGAGCUUGUGCAAAUUGUAGCCUCAGUUUCCUGUUCUUAGCUGAAAGGAGUGGCACCCGGCGUGGUCUUCUGCUGCUGUAGCCCAUCUGCCUCAAAGUUCGACGUACUGUGCGUUCAGAGAUGCUCUUCUGCCUACCUUGGUUGUAACGGGUGGUUAUUUGAGUCACUGUUGCCUUUCUAUCAGCUCGAACCAGUCUGGCCAUUCUCCUCUGACCUCUGGCAUCAACAAGGCAUUUCCGCCCACAGAACUGCCGCUCACUGGAUAUUUUUUCUUUUUCGGACCAUUCUCUGUAAACCCUAGAGAUGGUUGUGUGUGAAAAUCCCAGUAGAUCAGCAGUUUCUGAAAUACUCAGACCAGCCCUUCUGGCACCAACAACCAUGCCACGUUCAAAGUCACUCAAAUCACCUUUCUUCCCCAUACUGAUGCUCGGUUUGAACUGCAGGAGCUUGUCUUGACCAUGUCUACAUGCCUAAAUGCACUAAGUUGCCGCCAUGUGAUUGGCUGAUUAGAAAUUAAGUGUUAACGAGCAGUUGGACAGGUGUACCUAAUAAAGUGGCCGGUGAGUGUAGAUUCCUAAUAGAGUGGUGCAGUGUUGAUAAACUGUGGGAAACACCUGCACACAAGCUAGGCUACAGUUUCCUGCAGUUUCCUGACUCUACUGUGGAAUGGUGUUCUUUUUUAGAAACUCUGACACAGCUCGUAUUCUGGUUCAAGUGCACACUCAACUGGGAAAUCUUUAGCACUAAGGGUAAGAAUCACCAGUGGCCCAGCAAUACGAUAUUAUUACAAUGCUUGGGCUACAAUAGGAUAUUAUCACAAUUCUUGGGCCACGAUAUGAUAUUAUCACGAUACUUGGGCCACAAUACGAUAUUAUCAUGAUACUUGGGCCAUGAUACAAAAUUAUCACAAUACUUGAGCCACAAUACGAUAUUAUCACAAUACUUGGGCCAUGAUAUGAUGUUAUCACGAUACUUGGGCCACAAUACGAUAUUAUCAUGAUACUUGGGCCAUGAUACAAAAUUAUCACAAUACUUGAGCCACAAUACGAUAUUAUCACAAUACUUGGGCCAUGAUAUGAUGUUAUCACAAUACUUGGGCCACAAUACGAUAUUAUCAAAAUACUUGGGCCACAAUACGAUAUUAUCACGAUACUUGGGCCGUGAUAUAAUAUUAUCACAAUACUUGGGCCACAUUACGAUAUUAUCAUGAUACUUGGGCCAUGAUACAAAAUUAUCACAAUACUUGAGCCACAAUACGAUAUUAUCACAAUACUUGGGCCAUGAUAUGAUGUUAUCACAAUACUUGGGCCACAAUACGAUAUCAAAAUACUUGGGCCACAAUACGAUAUUAUCACGAUACUUGGGCCGUGAUAUAAUAUUAUCACAAUACUUGGGCCACAAUACGAUAUUAUCACAAUACUUGGGCCAUGAUAUGAUAUUAUCACAAUACUUUGGCCACUAUACAAUAUAAUCACAAUACUUGGGCCAUGAUACAAUAUUAUCACAAUACUUGCGCCACAAUACAAUAUUAUCACAAUACUUGUGCCACAAUUGAUAGUAUCACAAUACUUGCGCCACAAUCAAUUUUAUCACGAUACUUGGGCCACAAUACGAUAUUAUCAUAAUACUUGGGCCAUGAUACAAUAUUAUUGCGAUUUUUAACAUUUUGCAAUACAGUGAGUAUUGUGAUACCAUAAAUGGCAAUUUAUACAAUUUUUUUCAACUUUUUAGCUUAUUUAGCAUUUGUCUUUCGUUAAUGUUUUUCUUAUGUACACAGUUUUUAAUUUUCAUGGAGCACUUCUUGCAAACCUUAUAAGUCAGAUCCAUCUCAUUUGUGCCCUGCAUUCCCAAUCUUUUCCCCUUGGUGGCGCCAUAUUUGUUGCACUAACUUUCUCCUGCUCUAUGAUGCCAUCUCUGCCAACCUUACUGGACAAACAGUUGAUUUUAUUUUUCCAUAAUCAUAGAUUUGACUUCAUAUUAACUAUAAAUUUGAAAAAAUCCAUACUUAGUAAAUGAAACGUUAAGAUGUAUCACCAGACAAAACAUCCCAAUACUAUGCUGUAUCGAUUUUUUCUCCCACCUCUAUUUUGCACUUGACUUUGCCAUCAGACAGUCCAUUUGUUCUCGCACUUUUUGCUGUUAUCACAGAUGUGCGUCCUUCUGCACGCAGAGCUCACUAUUUGCACUAUUGCAUCCAGAUUUAUUUGCACUUAAAGUCGCGACAGCUUUUUAAUAAGUGCCAUCUGUGAAGAGAUUUCUCUGUCUUUGCUGGCUGCAUGAUUUAGACACAAUCAAACUCACUGACUCACAACUUGACACAACCAUACAGUGUUAGCUAGCAGUUAUUAAGGACAGCGUGAUUCUGUGGUUGAGCACUACGGCAGAAAAGUGUAGGGUUUUGAUCUGAAAGAAACUUAAAUAACUCUGUUUGAGUUCAGGCAUUUGGCAUAUUUUAAGGUGGAAGAAGUUCCCUAAUAUUAGCUCUAUGUCAAAUACACUUUUGUUUGUGUUUUUUUUUAAUAACAGAGGCUUUUUUCCAAAUCCUGAAGAUUGCAAACCUGCAGCAUUUUGAAAAGUGACUCCUGUAUUUUCUAUGCUGGUAUAAACACAACAAACAGGCCUGCUGAUAACUGUCUUCUAUGGUGACUUAAAUCCAGAUAUUUACUGCUAUUAAACGUUAAUGUAAACUACAAUAAAGUGAAACAGCCCGAGGAUAUAACCACAGAGAGAAACCAGGAGGAUCAUCAUCAGCUUUCUUAUGAGUCUCUCAAGCGGCUGUGAAUGUGUUUCUAGUGAUUAUAAAUGCACCGCUGGACGCUUUUUAUUCCGUUGACCUGAAGCUGAACUCUGACGGGUUUAUUCAGACGUUGUUCAGCCAUUCAACGAGCUGAGGAACUGGACCACACACUAUUCAUGUCCUUUUCUAAGCAUUGCCUUCAACUAGCACAUCCUCUUUAUUCAGUUUUGUUCAUGACGGCCGAGCACAAAGAUUGAACUGGCAAUGUGCCCCUGCAACAUGAACCUUGUGAAAAAUUAAUUGAAUUUUCAAAAGUGAAGAAACAUUACUCCCAUAGGCCGCCCACGCUCACAUUACUCACUGCAUUUAAUGUGAAUGCAAACAAGCCUGGAGUAGAUUACCUUAAGGUUUACAUGAUAUACGUUUUAUUAUUUGAAAAGAUGUGCAGGCUUGUGAACUCCUGAAGUCUUCACAGGGGAACAAAUGAUGCCUGAAUACAGAACUAACAAGGUUAGAGUGUGAAGGUAUGUAAAUAUGAAACAGGAAACAUAAAAACAGGAUCAAAACCAUCUGUAUGUCUGUAGCAUUGAAUCAUCUCAGUAUAUUCAACAGUUAAAAGGUCCCAUAUGACACUCCUUUUCAGCAUGUUUACAUAGGUCUCAGAGGUCCCAGAAAAGUCAAUUUGAAGUUUGUUGUCUAAAAACAGUUUUUUUUCUGGACUUCAGCCUGGAAACUCUCUAGUAAGCUUUACUGAGAACACGCUGUUUCUAUGUGCUGCGCCAGUACACACCUCCUUCAGCGCAAGCCACGCCCCUCCAUGUCUCUCUGGAAGAAGGGGGUGUGGCUUGCGCUACGGUACCAUACGCUAAUGUUUACACAGAGUGCCGGGUAUGGCGCAAAAGCGCUGUGGUCCAGUCAUACCAGCUUGAUCCAGAGUCUGACCCAGAAGGAGAGGCUCAUGAAGAAAUUCUAACCCUGUGGCUGCAGCAGGAUGUUUCUGAAUGGUUAAGGUCCUUUCAAACCGGGAACGACGCAAAUAUACGACAUGAAAUUACGAAAUAUUCAGAGGCGAAUUUUGACGCGCCUGACUAUACACAUCAAGCGUGAUGAGAUUUUGUGACUUUCCAGGGGAAAAAAAGACGCGUCCCGGGUGUGAGCGAGAAGACUGACACAACAGCAGACCGACUGUUUUUCAGUUCUGAUUAGACUCUAGUGUUGAGAUGUCUGUCUGUCAUGAUAGCAUGUACUGAGUCAGGGCCAGUACCAGAUAAGCACAUUAAACUAUAAUCCAUAAAUGUAAAGUAACAACCAAGACCUAAUGGUGCUGUGACAGAAGCGUGAUUGAGUUUGAGACAGUGAAAAUACAUAUGGUAUGUUGUAUCUGAACAGGUUAGCCUACGAGCUAAAGUUACUUAGCACAGAUGAAAGUUAAAACAAAGACGUUUAGCAAACUGUUAAAGCACACAAACCAUCGUCAUAUGAGAAAUCUGACGCUAUGACUCUCCACAAGUUGUCCCUCAGGUCGUUAUCUUUGUAAUGUUUGUGUUUUGCUAUCAAAAAGCGCUCUGUUCUCUGACAUGUAAACAAUCAGCCGGUCGGCCAUGUUGGAUAUACCAGUGAAUCAGACGUCGCAACAACACGAAAUCUGAUUGGUCAGAAGUGGACACACAGUAUGCGAAACUUUGGAAAAAUCGACCGUGAUAUGAAAAAAUAAAUGCCGCAAUAUCGCAGGGUGGAUUGUUUUGAUGGGAUACAGGUUCGAAAAAAAUACUGAUGUCCAAAAAAUCGCACAAAAAAAACGCUCCUGGUGUGUAAGGACCUUUAGUUACAUAUACUAUGUGUCUCGAUAUUUUUCUUUUUACUUUGUUCAGGUGUUGGUACACAGUGACUUACAUGUAGCUAGGUAACAUCCCCUCUUCUUUUGGUGAAUGCGCAGUAUAGUAAGUGUAGUUAUUUCUUGAGACUAUGUUUUUGCAGUCUACGAAAAAAGGUUUGCCGUCAGAGGACUGCUACUAGCCUCAACUACUAGCCUAUGCUCAGUUAAACUGCUACAAGCUUGUAAUGUCGAGACUGUGAUCGAUGCUGACCAAGCAGAAUUAAGAAAUCUUACUUUUAUAAAGUUUUGGGAUGUUUUAAGCAGAGAUGUUUAGAAUAGCAGAAAAUUUGGAACAUUUUCAGGGGGCAGAACAAACAUCUUGGGCAGGGUCACCAACCUGGUGGGGUGAAGUUAUUGUCGUCCAUGACGUCAUGGAAGGUGAUAGUUUCAAUCUGCCCGUUUGAAUGGACAUUUUCUGGAAGGUGGAACAAGCAAGAGAGGGAGAGGAUCGAAUUUUCUCAUUUUGGGGGGGUUUGUAGACAGGCUGGGGACGCAUAUUUUUGUUAGAAAACCAUUCCAAAGUAAAUUAUGCAUAAUAUAGGACCUUUAAAGGCAAAACCCUGAAGUCCUGAACCCUGAAUUUGCUUCAUGUGUUUUAGGGUUUGAAAUUAGCUCCAGUGCAUAUCUUUAACCUGCAGCCUUGAAACAGGUUGUAAUGGCAGCAGCUUUACCCUCCAGGGCAAAUCCAAGUGAGCCAGACUACGGUCACAUUUUAGACUUAGGUUGCUACCUUAACUCUACCCAUCAGUCUACCACCAUCAAGUUUUGCGCUCUGAUGAAUAAAGCUAAGAAUCAUUUAAACCCUCAAAAUAACAACAAUACAAACCAAGACUGUGAUCUAAGAGGAGAGACCAGCAACAAAAGGAUGAGUCUGGUGGCCCAAAAAAACAAAACGUCUGACUGUUUGUGCAAAACUGAGCAGCUUCUAUGACGAACCAUAUGACUCUGGUAAAAUCAGACACAGCAUGAAAAAGGAGGAGCCAGGGCGGAGGCGGGUUGCAAAGCAGCUUCAGAGGAAACAGGAAAAGAAUUUAAGAAGAUUUAAACUCUUGUAGUUUGAGGGUUACAUCCAUUUUAAGCGUCUGAGUCAUGACAUAGCUGUAAACUUUCUUAGAUUUGCAGACGGUGAACGAGUCUGUGAAAGUAAACGCCCUUAUUAUGCAGAUGCCUGUAAAACUUUUGAAUACUAAAUCUGCAAACAGUAUGUAUUCUGAUUUUUUUUCGUCUUGAAGAAUUUAUUGUACUUUCUAAAACUUUUCUUUAAAAAGCACCUUUCCACCUUCAGGCUCAGACAGGGAGGCUGAAACAUUGAAAUGGUGUUUCUACAAAGAUAGACUCACCAUGUCCAACACCCUCAGUAUCUCAGGUCAAAUCUCACCUCCUCUCGGCUCUCUGCCGCUGCAGAGUGUUUUGACCUCUGCUGCUAGGAAAAGUACAAUGCUUCCCCAGAGUCCUCACCUCUGCUUCCUUUAUGGAGGCUGUCAGUCUGUGCAGGGUGGAGGGGGUGGGCUGUAGUUUUAAGUCUGGUUUUCUAUUCACAGCAGGUUAGCUCAGUACCAAUGCUGUGUGCAUAGAAGAAGACCUUAAAUCCAUAGAUGCAAUGCAUAUAACCAACCCAGGAGCUCAUUAGUUUGUUGUAGGUGGAGGCUGCAUAUUUUACAGCACAACUUGUAGUUGCAGCUACAAAGUUUAAGAGUCGUGUUUAGUAGUUGUCCUACUGCAGUAGCAGUGAGUUUUAUUCAAAUUGGUUAUUUCUGUGUGUUUUAGUACUAGGGCCCGACUACUAGGGGGGAAAAAAUCUGAUUACAGGAUAAGUUGGGGAACUUUUCAGAUGGCAGACCGGUUUGGAAGUAAAACAAAAUCUUAUUCUCCGCAUUUUAUUCCUGAAAAUAUCGGCGAAAGUUUUGGCCAAUUACCGAUUUAGUCUCAAACGGGCUAAAAUUGGCCGAUUUAAUCGGCUCGCCAAUAAAUCGGUGGGGCCCUAUUUAGUACCAGACUGUAAUGUCAUCCAUUUGUUUUUCUUUACCACAGUUUUGAAGUUCAGGUUUGAGUCAAGGGACCAGGAUUUACAAUCCCAGUUCUUCAGAAACUUGCAUUUUAAUUCAAAGGUUGCGGAGGCGUAUUGCAUUCACCAAAAAAAACUUUUCUUCAGGACAGUUUAUUUUAAUGUUUUUCAGACAAUUUUUCUUUUCUUUUCUGUUUUUUUGGAAUAUUUUCCCCCACUCUUCAGACUAAUUUUUCUGUUUUUCAGAGUACUUUUUUUGUUUUGUUUUUCAGACUAAUUGUUUUUCCUUUUCUCUGGGAACAUGAUCAUUUAAAAACAGACGUUUCACACCCUCUGCUUGAUAGAAUAGUCCGAAAAACAGAAAGACAAAAAAAAAAAAAAAUAGUAUGAAAAACAGAAUAAAAUUUUGUCUGGGAAACAGAAAGAGGGGAAAAAUAUUAGUACAAAAAACAGAAGAAAAAAAAUAGUCAUAAAAACAGAAAGAAAAAAAUAAUUAGUCUGAUAAAAUGAAGAAAAAAAAGAGUUACCUUUUUUUUGUAAGUGAAUGCUAUACACUUCUGUAUAUCAAAUAUUAAAAUAAAAAUUAAAAAAGAAAAGAUUAUUGUUUUAUUAACAAUAUCUGCUCAUUUUGGGGGGCACAGUGGUGUAGUGGUUCGCACUGUCACCUCACAGCAAGAAGGUCCUGGGUUUGAAUUUGGGUCAGGGCGUCACUUUCAAAUUGCCUGAAGGUGUGAAUAUGAGUGUGGGUGGUUGUUUGUUUCUAUAUGUCAGCCUUGCGAUGACUUGGCGACUUGUCCAGGGUGUCCCCUGCCUUCGCCCCAAGAUGCUUGAAUAGGCUCCGGCCCCCCAAGACCCCCUAAAGGGAUAAGCGGUAGAAAAUGGAUGGAUGGGUAUCUGCUCAUUUUAAUUAAACAUCAGCAACAUGUUUCAAAAAUCUUUUCAGGAAAAAAACAAACAGGUAAAAAGUUGUUAUCGGGGAACAGGGAUUACACCGGCACGGCUCUGUUGUAGAAGGGUCCUGCUGCUAAACAGGCCUGCCUGCAAGAAUUUGGUUAACCUUGCUCUGUCCUCACUUAUUUAUUUUAUUUAUUUAAUUUUUUUAACCCUAUGCUGUCUCAAAGUUAAAAUAAACAUCCUAACUCUAGUAGUAUUGGAACUGUUUUGAAACUCAAGCUUGAGACUAAACUCGUGUUCACUGAGGGGGUAAAUUUAACCAAGAAGCGAGACUAUUUUCUCCUCCUUUUUUACACAGUCAUACCUCUUCAACAAACUCUUUGACAACCUUUUAUUGCUUCAAUCUAAUGGAAGGUGCAAAGAUUUGAGAAAAAAAUCAAAGUUUUGACUUUUUAUUAUCAGGGUCAGCUCGUCUACCUCCCCCUAAAAACUUACAGCUCCGUCAUUUAUUCAUCAUUCAGCUGCUUCAGUGCUGUGAUAAUCUGUAACCUUAAUAAAAAUGAUAGGCAUCAUAUAACCCGUCCCUGCAUUUGCAGAUGGCUCCUGGAUAAUAUAAAAACUGAGGUGCACUCAAAAAGAGAUGGCUGAAAAAGUCAGCUAUGAUUGCAUCUUCCUCACACUGCAUUUGGAUAUUUGCAGCCUAAUUUAACAGGCAAAUCUGAGGCAUCCAAUAGAUAUAUUCUCGCUAACUCCUCUGCUCUGGCUUAAAAGGCUUUUUGCUGCAAAUAGGUCUGCCUGUGGCACCGUGCACCUGAUUUUUUAAUCUGGAGCCAGCCACGGUUCGAGCUGGCAUUUUUCUUGAUGAGAUAUGAAACUGAGGCUCAGAGGGGGAAUCGACAGAGUGUUCAGUAGAAUAACGAAUGAUGAUGCGUCACUCCCCGGCUCCCACUCCGUGACAGAGGGGGAGGAGGAGGAGGGGAGAAGGGUGUGAGGAGGAGAGCAGACAGAGGCAGAGCUUGAGGGAGGAGAAGGAGGAGGGUGGAGAGGAUGAGGUAAACAGAAGCAGCAGCUCUAUGGUAAUGACAUACAUCCAAAUGUCAGCUCUUCCUGCCCUGAUUUACACUCUGAUGCAAACAAAACAAGUUUUUUAAGUCUCUGAGGGAGAGGAGGAACAGGCAGAUGCAUUUGUUUCACACACACGGACUGAUAACUAAAAGUUUUCCUGUUAAAUUCACAGAUGAGCCAUUAAAUUAAGAAAUGUUAAAAUGUUAGGAUUAGCAGCUGCGCUUUAGUCUCAGGAUUUGCACAAACUUUGAGGCUGUUGUUUCAUCUUCAGUGUGUCUGUUUGGGGUGUAAAGUUGAAGAGGAUUGCAGUAAAAUGAAGCAAAAGAUCAUAAAAGGUUGAAAUUUGGCAUGAAAUCUGAUUUUUCAAUAUGUGGAAGUUAUUGUGCACCUUUAAAAUGAAACUUUUUAAAAUGAUGCUCAUUCUCCCUGUGCAGAAUUAGGCAGCGCUGGUCUGGUGUUGUUGGCUGAUUUUGACCCUCAGGGUUGCAUUCAUGCCAAGUUUGAUGUCCAAGUUUGGAGCUGAUGUUUUUUUUUACUCUUCCAUUAAAGAGAUAAAAUUAAAGUCAGAGAAGGAAAACUAGGGGUGGGAAUUGAUAUGAUUUUAUUGAUAUAAUGCUUAUCAAUUCAAUUCUUUAACGAUUCCCUUAUCAAUGCCUUUCUCUGAUAGGUUUUCAAUGUUAACUCAAAAUAUUAUUGAGUCUUUGAUAAAAGAAAAAGAUGUAUGCCACCUUCAUUAAGUCUAAAAAUAAUUAAACGUCAAACUAUUCAUACAACAUGUACUUGGUCGGUAUUAAGUCAAAUAAGGGUGACCAUACUCUGGAUCUCCAAAAAGAGGACAUGGCUACAUGGGCUGAAGUUGCGUGCAAAAUGUUGAGGGUUUUUCUGGUCAGGUUGAGUAUUUUUUACGCUCAUCUGACACAGUUAGUCCACGCUACACAAACUCAAAACUUCCAUUCAAGACUUGUUGCCGUCUUUCUUAGUAAAAUGACACCACGCUUUAAAUCGUUUCUGCCUACUUUUCGUACCAUCCGCCAUGUUGUUUCCUCAAAGUCUCUGUUCUCCUUAGACUGCCUCUCACAAGAACGUUUUCAUAAACACCUAGAAGACAGGAAUCGUUAAGGGAAUCAUUAAAAUGAAAUGUAAACGAUGUCGAUGGAUUGAACCAUUUGGAACCGGUUCUCAACAAGAACCGGUUCUUGAGUCCCAUGUUUAACGAAAACAGCAGAAAUCACUCAUGCCAGUUCACAAGAAUGAGCAUCAUGAUCAUCCAACAAUGACCAGAUAGACAUUUCUAAAACUACUGCUGGUUGGGGACCAAUAGGAAAUAUCAAUGGUUGUUUUGGAAUUUAUUUCUACAUUUUUCAAAGUUAUGCUCCUUAAAAAUUUAGCAAAGAAAUAACAAAAAAAAAAAAAAACAUAAAAAAAAACAGUUAUUUUCAGUUUGGCUGGAGCAUCAAAAAGUUCUGCUUCUUUUUGCCACUUUGGCUCCAAGUCUAAACUUUUUUAUUUCUAUUAUUGCAAUAAAAUUUUAUUUCAGCUACUUUAUACUUUGUUGUCACCAAAACUUUUUUUCUGAACUUUGACUCACACCAACACAGAUAUGUCAACAUCUGUAACAAGCAAAACUCCAUCACAAUCUCAACUAUCAAGAGUCGGUUUGGAGAGAGAGUCUUGAUAGGAUGGGAACUUUGCAACUUUGAUUUGCAGCAUGAGUCUAAAAUAACGAUUAUGAAGAUAUUUGGUAUUUAAUUAGAUUUUUUAUUAAUGUAAAGUUAUCUCAGGCUGUGUGUUUUCUUACAAACACACUUGUUAAAAUUAUUCAGCUGGAAAAAGUUUGGCUUGCACUGUCAAACUGACAGAGUAGUUAAAGAUUCUUUGUUGCAGAUUUGUCGAACAAAAUAUAAUAUUUACACCCUCCAAAUUCCCAAUAGCUUCCCCAGAGUACUCACACCUGUCACAGUGAGGCAUAGGAUGAAACGUCUGCUCACUGCGGGAGAAUCCCAGAAAAAUUCAGCCCUUCAUAAACCGAGCUUAAUUAAGGGAAUACAUUUGAAUAGAGCUGCUUCUGAUUUGAUGCACAUGAGGUGCAAUCUAAUACUGACCUGGUAAGAUUGAGGAUUGGCCCAGCUCCAUGAAGGACAUGAUACUAGUUUACAGAACCCAAAAAUCAAUGCGUUUAAGCUGAUAAAUCACAUAAAUUGGCUGAUAAAGUUUUAGAGUAAGUUGUAGAGUUUUAGAGUAAAUUGGAAUGUUGUUCCUGAUAAAACUGUCAGCUGUGAAAAGGUUCAAGUUUUGGCUAUUUUUACCAAAAGACGAAGAGGAAGUCAAAUGCAUUCCAUGCGGCAAAAUUAUUCCUUUAAACAAGGGAACAAUCAUAGACUCUAGAUAGAAUGGACAGUGUCUGCCUCCUUGCUGGGUGAAGCCACAGUGAGAACAGCACCCUCUGGUGACAGGCUGCAGAAUAGGUCAUAAAUCCCCCCUGGUUGCGAUGUUGACAUGUAGUUUUUGUAAGACUGGUUUGUGCUCAAGUCCUCUUUUUUCUGUACAGCUGUAUUUUAAAAAGUUAUCAGGGGGUUCAUGUUUUCUAUGAUUGACACUUGAUACAGCCUAUGGGCGUAUGAAGAUUGCGUUGCUCACCCGGGAGAUACGCUCUUUGAGCCGAGUGUCAUCACAGCGACUCUCCCGCCGAAUACGUACAGUGCUACUGCGCUUUGCAAUGCGACUGAGAAAAUCCCGGAAAUACCAAGAGCAAUUUGGCUACAAAUCCGUAUAAUGACAGAAGGCGGAGCCAAGUUGUUCAUAGUAUAUACAGCCUAUAAGAACAACCAUGAUUAUUGAGCGUAUCAGCAUUGUGCAACUUCAACAAACUUAGGCUAUGUUCACACUGCAGAUUAAUGGCGAUUUUUUAACCAUAUGUGACACAAAUCCCAAUUUUUGCGAGACAGCCUUUCUGAGCAAAGUAGUCAUGAGUUCUGAAACCUGCAGGUUAAAAGCUGUUUAGCUAAUUAAACGAGGUGGCAUUGUGAUGCAAGGUCAGUAAAGCAACUAAUGGGAAAAAUGCGAAGAAAACGUCACCCUGAAAUAUUCAAUUCUAACCCCAUUAAAAAGAAGUUUCAGUUUUUCAGUAGAUAAUUUUUGAAGAGAAAAGAGUAUUUUGCCAACUGUAUUAAAUAAAUGGUACACCGGUUCUGUCAGAAAUGUCUUUCUUCUAAAAGAUUGCUGAAGACUCAGCAGACGUGAUUCUGCAAAUUGAGUGAAAACAUUUAGAUAAAUCCUUCUAAAGUCAUUUAGCACCAGUCCAUGGUUUAUUGUUUUACUAGUUGACUCAUACUGCUGCAGGAUGAUUUAGUUUAAAGGACAUUUUAGUCUCUUUUGAGUACGACAUUAACAGUUUCACCAAGGCUUAUUGUUAAUAUUGUGAAGGGCCAAUGUGCCAGCCAUCAUUAAAAAGAAAGAUAAAGACAGCAAAGGUGAAUUGAGAAAGAGAGAAAGCAGUUUUUUUUUAAUGAAAAUUUAAUUAAAUGAGAAUUUUUCUGGGUAAAUUAUUCCUCUUGUGUUGACUGGCUCCUGACAGACGAGCGUUGGGGGCUUUUAGCACACGACUGCUGCAGUGAAAGAAGAGUUAGAAAAGUGUCCAAUUCAGAAGGACUUUAUGAAAAUGUCCCCUGCAGCAAAGCAAAUACAUUACAGGAUAUGAUUUAAUGUGAUGCGGAGAGCGCCGGGGGCAGAGCAGAGAGAGAGAGCGCUGCAGCUCGGCGGCCUCACAGGUGAGUAAUGUGGUGUCGACGCCGCUGUCUGAACUGACCAAAAGUGAAAGAAAAAGCGCCGCUCUCUUUUCCUCAGAGAGAGCAGAGACAUUUUUCACAAGUCCAAAGUAACAGUGUUGAUGAGACAGGAGAUUUUUACCAAAGGUGUGCUCAGCAGCCUGAAGAAGAUUAAUGAAACAUGAAAGUGAGCUAGUUCAUGCUCACGCUGAUGGGGAGGUAGGAGGGCAGGAGGGGAGCGAGUUCUUCUUCUGUCAUUAAUCAUAGGAGGCAUUACACCAAGGGAAGCCUUUAAAGUCCAGGUAUUCAAAUCAGGUACAAUUGAGACAUGAACACUCCUCUCUGAGCAGUAAAUUGGACCAUUACUACUCCAACAAAGCUGACCAGGUUCACCCUGUAGCUCCCUAACACGCACACCAGAGCCCUGAUUUUCACAUGUACAGUCUUAUGGCGUUUUCAUAUGGAAAUGUGAAACACGCUGGAGGUAAGAGGUUCAGGUCACUUUUUAAAUGCUAAGUGCUCAUAAAGGGUUUCUUCACUCCACUUAGAAGAGCCGGCUCCAUAUUCCUACAUUUACUACCAGGCUGCACUGGGUAAAGAUUGUUCAGGUCGUUUGUCGAACCGGCGGAUUUAUUAGGAGCAGAAACCUUCUAACUGCAACCUCCUCUGUGAACAUGUGCUUUGGUCUUUCCAGGACUGGACUUAAUAACAUAUUUUCUGAGAAUCGUAUCUAGCCAACAGAAACAGCCCACAGCACUGGCAGUGGACAAAAGGAUAAUGUCAUAAAAAUUAUUCGCUUUGUGAGGUAAAUUUGACCGCUUGAUUUGGUAUUUGCUACAAAAACCCGCCUUGCAUGCAAUGAACAUCUGGCGUGCUUUAUGCCUUUUCUGACAUGCAAUAUACAUUAUCUUAUGUGUGAUAUGCAUUAUUCAACUUGCAGUUAACAUUGUCUAACAUGCAGAUCACCUUUUCUGACACCCAUUUUACAUUUUUAAUGAGCAAUUCACUUGAUCUAAUUAGAAAUCUAUAUUAUUUAUAUCGCAAUAUACAUUAUCUAACAUGCAACAUUCAUUAUGUGAAACAAAGUGCAUCUUUUUGAACAUGUGAUAUACAUUAUUUGAUAUGCAUCAUACAUAAUCUCACAGCAGAUAAACAAUCUCUGAUGUGCAGUAUUCAUUAUCUGACAUGCUAUCCAUCUUUUAACAUAGGAUAUAUGGUGGCUGACAUAUAUGUGUGUAUAUAUGUACAUAUAUAUCUAACAUGCAAAGAUGUGUUUGACACUUAGUUUGCAUUUUUUAACAAAGAUAAUGUUGUAUCUAAUGUGCAUUAUUGAUUAUCUAGUUUGCAGUAUUCAUUUUCCAAUAUGCAGUCCAUUUAGAAUGCAUUUAAAAACAAGUAACAUACAUGAUCUAGUUAACUUAUAUUAUUUAUAUUUAAUAUACAUAUACAAAACUUAAUAUACAUUAUCCAACAUGAAACAUACAUUUUCUGACAAAUAUUUAGUAGCGUCUAACAUGAAAACUAUAUCGUCUGAUGUAAAGUUUACAUUAUCUAAUAUGCAAUAUAUAUUAUCUGACUUCUAUUAUACAACAUCUGACGUGCAGAAUACAUUAUCUGCUGUGUCAUGUACAUUAUCUAAUAUGCAAAAAAAAAAAACAUCCAACAUGUUUCAAAUAUGAUCUGACAUGCAACAUACAUUACAUUCGCUGAUGUGCAGUUUGCAUGUUCUGACAUAUACAUUAGCUUUCAUGCAAUAUAUCUGACACACACUUUGCAUAGUCCAACAUGAAUUAUACGUUAUCUUCUGUGCAGUUAAUACAUGCAAUAUACAUAAUUUUAUAUGCAGUAGGCAUUUCCUAACCUGCAAUAAUUAUGAUUUUGUGCAUUAAACAUGGUCUGACCUGUAAUAUACACUUUCUUACAUGCGAUUUACGUUUGCUAAUGCACUGUGUACCUUAUUUUACAUGCAAAAUACAUUCUCUAUCCAUCCAUCUUCUACUGCUUAUUCGGAGUCUGGUCGCAGGGGCAUUAUCUUAUAAAUAAUAUGCAUUAUCAAACGCCCAAUUAACUUUCUGACAUGAACAAUAUGCAGAAACAAACUGUGCAUUAUACAUUUUUACUGCAUAAUAGACAUUAUCUGCUGUGGAAUAAACAUUUAAUGUGCAUUUUUUUUUAAAUGGUCAGGUAAUAACAAUUUUCACUUAGCAAAAUUAUUUAGCAUUGGUUACCUAAUCGCGGGUUUGCAAUGCACCUGCAGAUAACUGGAUGUCAUGCACUUUAGGUUUAGCAUGUCUAUGUAAAUUUUGUUUUUAUUGUUAAAUGACAAAGAAGCUUUCUGUUUGUAUUACAUCAAAACUCUUUUUGAUAAAGACAGGACUGUAGGCUUAAAAAAAUCCGGACUAUACACAUCAAGCCCGAUGAUCAAGCCCGAUGAUUAGACUCUAGUGUUGAGAUGUCUGUCUGUCAUGAUAGCAUGUACUGAGUCGGGGCCAGUAUCAGAUAAGCACAUUAAACUAUAAUCCAUAAACGUAAGUUAACAACCGAGACCUAAUGGUGCUGUGACAGCAACAAGAUUGAGUUUGAGACAGUGAAAAUACAUAUGGUAUGUUGUAUCUGAACAGGUUAGCUUACAAGCUAAAGUUACUUAGCACAGAUGAAAGUUGAAACAAAGACGUUUAGCAAACUGUUAAAGCACACAAACCAUCGUCAUAUGAGAAAUCCGACGCUAUGACUCUCCACAAGUUGUCCUUCAGGUCGUUAUCUUUGUAAUAUUUGUGUUUUUUAUCAAGAAACACUCUGUUCUCCGACACGUAAACAAUCAGCCGCUCGGCCAUGUUUGAUAUACAGGUGAAUCUGACGUCGCAACAACACGCAAUCUGAUUGGUCAGAAGUGGAUGCACAGUAUGCGAAACUUUAGAAAAAUCGACCGUGAAACAAAAAAAUUAAAUGCUGCAAUAUCGCAGGACGGGAAAACAUUGCUGAUGUGAAUGCUUGUAUUGACAGGAUUGGGUUCGAAAAAAAAUAUUGACGUCCGAAAUAAUUACACAACAAAAACUGUCCUGAUGUGAAAGGACCAAGGACUAAGUUUGAACAGAUAACUAGGAAGUGCAAUGUGUGUAAUGAAAAGUCACCCAGGACUCCUCCCUCUGGAUUCUCACUUUAAUUUUCAAUCAACAUUUCUAAUUUACUUUAAGUCUACACAGUUUUAUACUUUUCACAGUAGUAAUUAAACUUGUAUUAAGCAUUUCUCUGAAAUAGGGGAGGUUUAAUUAAUAUCUAUUUAUUAUGAGUAUCAAAAAAUUCUCACUAGAUGUCUAAACAAUAGCCAAAAAGGUUGCAAGACACAUGCUGAGAGAAAAAAGACGCAAAUUAACUGCUGAAGAUGAAUUAAACGUGAAGUUACCAGGAACCUCCAGUGCUGUCAUACUCCCAAACUGCAACCUACCUGGAGGGUCCAGAAGUACAAGUGGUUCAGUGCUCAGAGACAUUGCCGAGGUCUGUUGUCGUUAGAUAAUAAAACUAGUCCUCAAAAGUGCAUCUGACACCGAAUGAAGUCAGGAGAUGUUAGUUUUUCACAGUGAAACACGGUAACUAAAAUGUAACAGAGACAUGUACGACAGAAAUACUUGAUUAUGUUGUCGUCUUGUAUUUGUCACUAACACUUUUAUUUUGUUAAACUACAUAAAUCAUUUUCAAACCUCACAGUUCAGUGCGGGAGCAGUGAAUUACGAAAAGCUUGCAGAGACAAGUCAGAGAGAGUAAGAGAAGGUUUUUCACACAGGGCGGAUUGAGUCUGUGAAUUCCCUUUAGGUCCAGGAGAGCUUUGGAUGUUCAGAUAAUGAUACUGCAACAACACGGCAACGAUGAUUCAGGACCUGCCCCGCCCACAGACUUUUAUUGGCUUUCAUCCCUUAGAAACCAUCAGGGCUUUACAGGGAUUCACAUAAUACAGAAUCAACUCAGUGUUUCCACGCUGCAGUCUGCAGACCUGGAUUCAUUUAUCACUUCCACCCAUUUCAUUUCCUCUGGUUUGAUGUUUUAUUGUGUCACACUGCCGGGGUCGGGGCCUCUGUUAUGACAGAGGAGGUUUAAAAAUGAUGCAAAGUUUGCAAAGAGCUUUUAGGCUAAGAGAUUCACUUUAUGUUUCUUUUUUUUUUUUUGAUCCCUAAAAUAUUCAGGACCGGGAGCUUUUGGAGUAAACGGGCUACAUAUUAGGGGUCGGUGGCUGGUUUAAAGUGCACUGAUGGCUGGGUUGAUUUAAAACCACUUAGCUUGCUCUUUGCACCCCUCUGCAUUUCUCUUAUCUAACGUAGCGUAUGACUCGCUCAAACUAGCAUCCGUACACACAGCUUCGCUCUCCGCCCUAUUUGUGUUUCCUGGCUGGAUAUUUUAUCACCACAGACUUCAAAUGUGUGGGCUAAGCCUGCUGCGGGGUCCUCCUUAGAUCACAAGCAAAGCACGGAGGGCAGGAGGGCUGUGAGAUUUGCAGACACUCAUUUUAGCUCGAUUGUGGUAUUUUUGAUUAAGUCUUCUGGCUGUGCAUGCGCUCGUCUUUGAGCAUAUCUCCUUACACCCAGCGCAGGCUAAGUUAUCUCAUAUUGAAAUAGUCGGAGGGAAAAGGCUGACUGUGUUGUAGCUGCAUUGUGUCAGGGGGUAAACAUUUCAGGCUGUGGUUUUUCUCAGUUUCAUGAAGAGCUCAAAGGUAAACAUGCUGACUCCAAACAGCAUCAAUAAUUAAAGCUAAUUUCCAUAUUGUUUGACCUCGACUUUUUUUUUUUUUUUUUUUUUUACAUAACUGAAGGCCUGAGUGACUAAAAGGUUUGAAAAGUUCUGGAAUCAGCCUGAUAAGUUGGCAGCCUGCAGCAGUAAAACAGGCUGUAAAGGCUGCAGCAUCAUGUUUUAGAGCAAAUGCCCCAAAUUAAAAUAUGUCUAAUGGAUGUUAAGAGGUUUGAAUAUCAAAUACUUAAGAAAUACUCUGCAUACUUUUCAGGCCUCAAAUUUGAUACCUUUAAUAAUGACUGUAGGGAAGUUCAAAAGUGCUUGAAAGUGGAUAAAAACAGUCCUAAGAUAUGUCAUACAUUAUCCCCCUGCGAAUUGUACAUUUUACUGCACAUUAAACAUUAUCUUCUGUACAAUUUACAGCUUUUCUGUGCAGUAAACAUUAUCUCCAGUGCAUUAUUAGCAUUUAGUGCAUAAUCUUCUGUGCAACAUGUUAUAUGUUCACUGUAUAAUAUGCAUUAUCUAAAAAACAAGAUCAUUUUUACAUUGUCAACCUAUAUCAUACAUGAUCUCCUGUGUAAAGCACAUUUUUUAGCACAUUAUACAAAAUUUACAGUACAAGAUGCACCUCGAUCAGACAAUAAACAUUAUCUAUGAUGUAGUAUACAUUAUCUGCCAUGUAAUAUACAUACAUAUUUUCUGAGCCAUAAAUAUUAUCCCAGUGCAAUUUUAUUUAAAAAGGACAUUAUGCAAAGUAUAGUGCAUUAUGCUACUAAUUAAUAAACUGAUUUUUUUGCAUUAUUAUCUCCAGUAGUAUAUGCAUGUUUAUUUGAAAACAAAUACAUUAUCAAACAUGCAGUCAAUUAUUUAUUCCGUGUAACAUACAUUGUUUUUGCAUGAUUUACAUGAUCAUUUUAAUAGCCAUGCAACAUGUGGUGCAUUAUCUUCUGUGCAACAAAUAAGUUACUGUAUUAUAUACAUUAUCUAAAAAAAAGGAAAUUUAUAGAUUGUCAACCUAUAUCAUACAUGAUCUCCUGUGCAAAGUACAUUUUUUUGCGCAUUAUACAUAAUUCACAGUACAGGAUGCAUGUCAAUUACACAGUAACAUUAUCUACUACAAUGUAGUAUACAUUAUCUACCAUAUGAUACAUUAAUAUUUUCUGUGCAAUAAACAUUUUUCGUCAUGCAAAGUACGGUGCAUACUGAACUCUUUCAUAAACUGAUUUUAUGCACUAUUAACAUUAUCUACAGUAGUGUAUGCAUGUUUAUCUCACAACAUAUACAUUAUCAAACAUGCAGUAUGUUUUUCCUUCUGUGCAACGUACAUCAUUACUGCACAAUCUAUAUUACCUUCAAUUUUAGAACUAAUUACAUUAUUAUCCGUGCAACAUGAGGUGCAUUAUCUUCUGUGCAACACGUAUGGUAACUGUAUAAUAUGAAUUAUCCAAAGAACAAGAUCAUUCAUACAUUGUCUGCCUAUAUCAUACAUGAGUAAAAAGUAAAUUUUUGCACAUUAUACAUAAUUUACAGUACAAGACACAUCUCAAUCAGACAGUAUACAUUAUCUACCAUGUGAUACAUAUUUUCUGUGUGAUAAACAAUAUCCCAGUGCAAUUUGCUUUUAAAGACUAAACAUGAAAUGUACAUUGCACUACCUCUGAUACAGCAUACAUUUCUACUGUGCAAUAUUCUAAAUCUGCAGUGCAAUUUGCGUCUCAUUAAACAGUAUCCAACUAAAACCUGUGAAAUCUAAGUUCUUUGGUUACUUACUGAAUACUUGAUAAAUCCUCCAUUCCCAACUUGUCAUAUUUUUAGAGUUAUUUUUGCACGCAUAUUGGAACCAGACACAGAGCAAGAAAUUCAGACAAUGCUGCAGAAAACAUUCUUGGCAUUGUUAUUUUUGAGAGAUUUAUUGACAGAUUAACAAAAUUUAACUCACCCCAGGUUUUUCUUGUAUUGAUCUGCUGUGAAACUGUAACAGAUUGUCAGUGUGGAGUGUUUUUAUGGCCAAGAAUAGAUCUGUAUAAACUGAACAUCCACCCCGCUGCCAACUGAAGAGGAAAACUGCUUUUCUUCAAACUGUUUUCACUCCUACAGGCUUCCAGCUCAGAUUAGAAAUACAAGUGUGAGAAAUUAAGCAUGUUAAAGUGAAGUAGGAUUGUGUUUGUGAACCUGGACCCUGCCUUUAAACGUGCUACUGGGGUGAUGAUAAGUCAGUUACUGUUUGUCUUAAUUACUAAAACUCAUUUCUGGAAAUCUUUUCACACCCUACUCUAAAACCCAUUUUUUCAAACUACAUUCAUAAAACCUCUGAAGCUCAAAAUCAAACACUGUGUUCACAUCAUACUCACAACAGUCAGAAUAAAAGUAGGAAUACAGCACUGAAUGGAGAACGCAGUGGUCAGAGAUCCCACUGGAAAAACAACAUAAUGUUUUUUGAGACAACAGUUUGCAAGAUAAUCAGUUUUAUUAAAACGAUUGAUGCAGAUACUAGACGUGCAGCUAAAUUUUGCAAAAGAAAUGAACAGUAUGUGUAGCUGGACAGUUAAAGAUUAGACACAUUCAGAGUCUCUGUGAUCAAAACUGUCUUCAAAACAAGCAAAAAAAGCUGCUUCUGGUUUAAAAAAAAUCAUUAUUUUUCUCCAGAGAUUCCUCUUACAAUGUUGUCAGACACUUACAAUAAAAAUUUUAGCCUGUCAGGGACGAAAACGAGGACUCUGGUGCGGAUGUUGGUUGCCUGAAAAGAUGACGCUGCAGUGGCUGCAAGGUCAUCUUUUGAGGCAACCAACAUCCGCACCAGUCCUGGAGCAUUUCUGAAACCUUCUUUAUUCUGCAUUUAGGCCCAAGACUAGGGAUGGGCGAUAUGGCCUUAAAUCAAUAUCACGAUAUAUUGAGCAGUUCACUUCGAUGGCGAUAAAUGGAUGAUAACUACUCCACAUGCUGCUCACCCCUUCCCACAUUAACUUUGUCUACUUCAGCCGCAACAGCUUUUGAACUGUCCUCCAUCUCCUCAACUGUCUUUCCCUCUUUGUUACGGACUGGAUGGGGUGGAGUCAUGUCUCUGACGUAGGACAGCGUCUUAAAGGGACAUGAGACCAUAGCCCACCUACACACAUACAAAACCAACUUUUAUUUAUGUAUUUUUUUGUCACUGAAAUUGUCAAUAUGGGCGAAAUGACGUUGGUUAUUGUCUUAAUUAUAGUAUCUGUAAAUUUUCGGUUUAUCGCCCAGCCCUACUCAAGACUAUUGAAAAUUAGGCCUAGAUUUAAAAACAGAGGAAUAGUCCUUUAACUGGCAAUUUUAUAAGAUCUGGGAUUUCGUAAGAGACAUUUGUACCAUCUUUUGAACAUUCAGUUUGACAUCAGCUGUGUCGUUUACGCAACCAGAGCCUGGCCUGGAGGACGCUGAGGUUUUUCUGGCCGAUCCUGAAUUUCAUGCUGUUUGUGUAGCAGAACACACACUAACACACACAAACACACAUUGUAUGCACACACUCUCCCCUUGUCCUCAGUUAUAAGGGUCCUUCUUUCAUCAACAGUGGUUGUAUUUCCGCUCUCCACAAUCGAGAGGAUGAAAUGCUACACAUCCUGUGCUCAAGCUGCUCGGGGCUGCACCAUCAUUUAGGAGAUGUAGUCAGCAAUCUGUCACUGUCGCUUACUCACUCUGCGCUGCUCCCAGGACACAGAUACAUGUAUGAUGCACACACACAUACAGAUGUAGAGUGUGUUUGACACAAAUCUUGGUGCGUCAGCUCGUUAAAGCCGUGUGCCGCGCAUCAGCCAUGCAUCAUAGCUGUUACGCUGUAAAUAAAGGCUGAUUUUAUAGCUGCUUUUAUGUGAUGCGUCGUUGCUUCAUGGCUCUUCUGGGAACUAAAGCAGCGGUGUCCCUGAGUGAAGCACAUGAUAUUUUUAUACAUCAUCUGUAUUUCAAUCCCUGGGGACUGUGACGGUGAUGUAUUGUAGCGAACAUUUUUCAUUGGUGGAGAUGAUAACUCUCUUUGUGCAUAACAUAAACAACUCCACCUGUUUGUGAACCGUACCGUAGAGCAGCAUCAUGAGAGAGCGGCUACUGCAUAACACCUAAAUCACCUUUAGCACACUAAACUCUGCCAUUAGGUGAAGAAGGCUUCGGAGCAGGUGGAAAUCUAAAGCAGAGCUCUGCAUUUGCAGACAUUAAGGAACAAAAUAUUUUCUGUUUGGCUCUCUACUUCUAAUACUCAUCUGCUGCCCAUUUACAGACCACAAAGUGAAGAGAGGCCUGACAUUUGUUGCAAAAAGGGUUCGUCAUUCGGUAAUCUGAUUUGGAUAAUCUGUAAAAGUGAAGCAAAAUCUGAUCGAUCCUAGCCUCUGAAAUAUGACAGCUGUAAGGCUGCAAGAUUUUGGCCCAAAUAAAAAUUUUGAUUUUGAUCUUUUAUUCAGUGACAACUUUACCAAACUUCACUUUAAAGGUCCUUACACACCGGGGCUGACGCGAAUAUAGAACGUGAAAUUACGAAAUAUUCAGAGGUGAAUUUUGACGUGCCUGACUAUACACAUCAAGCCUGAUACGAUUUUGCGACUUUCUGUGGGGGAAGAGACGCAUCCCGGGGAAGACUUUUCCCGGGGAAAGUCCGGCCUCCUUCGCCUGUGAUUGGCUAGAAAAACUGGAAACGUCAUCACAUGCUCAAGCCAAAUGGUCAGCACUUAUAGCCAAUCAAAGAUGACAAGAUAAGCACAUGAAACUAUGGUAACAACCGUUAGCUUACGUUAGCACAGAUGAAAGUUAAAACAUCGGCGUUUAGCAAACUGUUAAAGCACACAAACCAUCGUCAUAUGAGAGAUCCGACGCUAUGUUGUCCUUCAGGUUGUUAUCUUUGUAAUAUUUGUGUCUUCAUAAAGCGCUCUGUUCUCCGACACGUAAACAAUCAGCCGGUCUGCCAUGUUGGAUAUACCAGUGAAUCAGACGUCGCAACAACACGAAAUCUGAUUGGUCAGAAGUACGAAAAAAUAAAUGCUGCAAUAUCGCAGGAUGGGAAAACGUCGCUGAUGUGAACGCUUGUAUUGACAGGAUAUGGGUUCGAAAAAAAAUUAUCACGUCUGAAAUACUUGAAAAAAACGGUCCUGGUGUGAAAGGACCUUAAUGAUACUUUUUCCCAUCAUCUCUCAAAACAAAACCACUAAAAACGAUGUAGUGCGUAUGCCAAGCCAGUAAGAAGCGCUGUAAUGCUGCCAAGGAAAUGCACAAAGGACAGAAGUAGAGUACAGAGCAUGCGCAUAAAGGUUGUUUUGGCCGGACACGAACAGGUGCCAUAAAAGUGUUAUGCUGCAUGUCAUAUAAUCGCUUCGAGAGAUGCAGAUAGGCAUCCACACAGAGAUAAAAUGGUAGUCGUUUAUAGAUUUAUGCACUCUUGUCUUCAAGUGUUUUUAAAAAUUACUGUUUACAAUCGCCCAAAAUGCCCAAAUGUGUUUACUCCUGAAUUCGUUUCCACUUGAACAGGUUGAUACCGCCUUCAGACAGACUUUGCAGCGGGGAGUGGUUUGCACUUGAUUUGAAACUGUGAAGCUGUACCAAUUCCACACAACUGACUCGCUCUUGUCCUAUUUAGCCAUAAAAUUAUCGCCUUCCUUUGCAAAUACCAUGUUUGUUUACACUGGUGUGUGCUCGACGUGAAAACAGUGUUUGAUUCUGAGGACAGAUGGAGCUGCUCUCAUGUGGAGAGUGUCAAUUUUCCUGCAAACGAAAAGUUUUUCUUUUCUUUUUUAAAUAUAGUUUGAAAAAUGGAUUCUAUGUUUAGAGUUAAAAGAAAACAUUGGAGGGUUUGCAAUAAAAAAAACAACUUUUUAACCAUUAUGUCAUUUUUUUCUGCGCUUGAUAGAGAGGAAAAUUGAUUUUUAACAUCGUCAUAAUCAAAUAAUCCGAUUACGAUUUAAAAUCGAUUAAUCGUGCAGCCCUAGAUAUUCAAGCAUGAGGAUCUAGCAAACCUCUGUGUCAUUUUGAGGCUUCCUUGUAUAGAUGGUUGCUUUUAAUAAUCAGUAAUAACAAAGCAGGCUGUAAGAGAGUUUGAAGAUAGGCAGUAAUAAUCAAUCCCUGAUUACAAAAAGAAGAUCAUACUGAGAUUUCAACAUGCAGUCCUUUGAAAAUUUUGUUGGCUUUUAUUUGAUUUUUCAAAGAUUGAAAAAAUAUCUCAAGUCUGAUUUCAAGAUAUUUUCUGACAAGAGUUAGAGUAGAGCUAAGGAUAAAUACGAUCAUGGUUUUAUUACUUUUCUUAACGAAAAAUUGAACAAACUCAGGAUUAAAGUUUGAGAGAUUUAAACCUGUAAUAAUAAGACCACCCAGAUGCUAGAAAAGAAGCUGCCAAUGUAAGUGGGUAUUAAGAGGAGGAAAGAGAUGGAAAACAGCCAAUCAUGACAGAAUUACAGGCAUUUGGAGCUGAAUGGAAACACAGCUGUUGAAGGAGAAGGCCCAACGGCUUACUCAGCUUCAGCUGUUUGGAGAUAUUUUGACUAUUUACAGUCAGACACAGCAGAGAACACGGCAAACUGUGCCCAAGACGUGCCAGCUAAAACCAGCACAGCAAACACUACCAGCGUUAAAAGAGGAGUGACAGUGUCUCAGCUCACACCCUUUGAGAUUAGCACUAGGGCCUGACCAAUACCAGUUAUUAGGGGGGGAAAAAAUCAGAUAACUAACCGAGUCUAAUAGAGGUCUCUUGCUAUUAUGAAUCCUGUGUAAACACUGCUUUACACUCCAAAAAAACAACACACUUUUAUCCCUCUCUUAUGGAAUCUGUAUUUUUCUGCAGCAUCUAUUUCUACAGAUUGUAUUUCCAUAAAUGAGACGGUGCCGAAGAGACAUGGUUGCUGUCAUGAUAUGUGCUGUUAGUUCAGUUUUCUCCUAGUUCCCUAUUGUUCCCUGUAGUCCAUUCUCAUGAGUUUUCAGUUUGUGUUUGACCCUGUUUCUCUCCUGUUCUCAGUGUUUUAUUCUUUAAAUCAGUUUUCAGUGUUUAUUUCCUGUUUUAUUUUGUAGUAGUUGAUUUCUUGUGUUUCUAGUCUGGUUUUACUCCCCUAGUUUUCCCUCCUUCGUUAAUCACUCAUGAGUUUCACCUGUGUCUCCUCUGCCACACCUGUUGCUCGUUAAUGCUCGUUACCCUGUGUGUAUAUAGUCCCUGUCUCCCCCUGUUUCUUUGUUGGUUCCUUGGUUGGGAAAAAUACACAGAAAAUGCGCUCAAAUAAAACCAUGAGAAAACUGAAUAAACAGCCUAUCAUGACAGAUGCAUUCACAUUACAACUCAGUUUUCACAAAAAUCAUACUUCAGACAUCAGUUUUUUCCUUUUUUUGUUGCUCUUUGACCACUGAGCUGGCUAAGACAGGUUCAAGACAGCAUGAGUUUCAGCAGGUCAGUGUGCAGCUACAGGAAACGCAGCAAGGUUUGCACAAAGUCUAGCUAAUGGGAUUCAUUGUUUUCAUCUUAAAUGACUUGUAAUGAUAUAUCUGUUGGUCUGUUGUGCUUUUUGUGUUGUUCACAUGACUGUUUUUUAACUGGCCCAUGUUUGACCACCUUAACAUGAGUUAAGGUCUCUGGACUAGGGCCCGACUGAUAUGGAUUUUUUGCGGCCAUUGCCGAUACCGAUUAUUAGGGGGAAAAAAAUCUGAUCAGGCCCUAAUUAGCACCAUUUUACUUUUGGAAUGAAGCAUCUGGUUGGUGGGAAGUUCAGAACACAGCCUCUGAUUGGCCAGGAGAGUUGGCGAAAGCAGUCUGGAGUCUAGCCAAAUAUUUUAGUUUUUUCCUGAUAACUGGAAGGAAUAAAGUUUUCAGAUUCAUUUUGGAAUCUUGCAGACUUAAAUGCAAAUGUUUGAGCAGCAUCCUCAACAUAUGAGGAUUGAUAUUAUAUCUGAGGAGUGAAUUUAGUGAUAUGCAUGGGGAAAUGAUACGAUUGGUUGUAUUUGUGCAGAAGUUGCUGUGAACGGCCCAAACUGCAAGAUUACAAAAACUGUUUGCAGGAUUAAAGUUGACUUUACCUGACUUUAUCAUAACACCAAAACAAACCACAAGAGAGUAGCAUCCAUGAACGAAACAACUGCCAUCCUGCGGGAUCAUAUUCAAUCAAUCAUGGCUGUUAAUCAAGCUCCAAUUAUUUAACCUCUCAAGUCUUUAUAUUUAGACUUAAGUCUGGAACAUAACUCGUCUGACUUUUUGAUCUUAUCGUGCAUCUUUGAGGGAUUAAAGAACGCACUGCAGCACUCCAUAUUUUACCCAAAUGUUCCCUGCGAGCUCCAAAUUCCAGUCCACAGUCAUCUCCGCUGGGUGUUUAUGGGCAGAUGUCAAAAGGAUGAAAACGUGGCAGCUGCAUCAAACAGUCCAGCAUUUCUUGAACUAAAUCCCAGUCCACAUAGACUGGUUAUCAGACCAGGAGCUGGGAGCCAACUAUGGCAGUACAAAACCUGCUGAAAAAUUAAAACACGCCCUAACGCUGCCAAACACAUAAAAAUAAGAGCCAAAAAGUUACAGCAGAGAGAAGCUGCAAAAACAGCGUCUGUCUUUGCAUCCUUGAUUUGAGAGUGUAUGCAUAUUAGCACAGAGUGUAUCCAUUCUCUGUCAGUAAGAAAUCAUUAAUGUUUACACUACAGAGAGUGUUAUUAAAUGGUUUGUGUGGUGAACGUUUCCUACGUGACAGAUUCAUUCCGCGGCUGUGUUAACUGUCAGGCAGACACGCUGUCACAUAUGCAGCUGACACAUUGACUUCACCUCAGUGUCAAACGCUGACAUAACUGCGAACAUGAACGGGCUGUACGUCAAAAAGGCCGGAUAGCUCUGUGUCAUCUGAGGGAAAAACGACCGUUCAAGAUGUUCUCAUCAGAAACACACACAAACAAAACAGAAGAAAACAGCAAGACAGAUCAUAAUUAAAGCUGUAAUUAGAAAAAAGGUGAUGUAUGAAGGAUGCAGCUGCAUAGAUGUAGGUGUUUGCUUCUGUAACAUCUAGGUUUAAGGGUUAAUAUGAUGUAUAAUUUAAACUUUCAUCAAGUUACAGAUGGUAAAUACUGCAGAAGAAGUAUGAACAAUCUCUGUUUUUUUGUUUGUUUGCAACAUAUCCUUGUUUUCUUUUAGGUAAGUUUUUUAAAUUCAGUCAUAUCCGCAGCCUCUCAGUUUCUGACCUCAUCAGCCAUGCAGUGAUCUGAUUCUGCUUAUAAGGAACUGCGCUGAUUGAGACUAGGGCCUGACCAAUAUGAAUUUUUUGGGGCAGAUGCCGAUAAAAUCUGACUACCGAUUAAUCAGCCGAUUUUUUAUGAAGUUAUAAAAAAUAUAUAUACACUGUAGAUAUUUACGGUAAACUAUAUACUGUAAACAACUACCCACCCGCCGCCGCCGAUCGGUGCUUCCGCAUCUUAACUCACGUUACUCAUUUCCGGUCCGGUCUCAUCUGGAGGCAUGCAGCUGCCUCAGUAAGAGAAGUAGCUUGAUCACAUAAUGUGUACUGUUGUUUAUUCUACUGUUACUGGCAUGGCUAACAGUGUAGCAAGGCUAAUAGCAGGUGGCUAACUCUAACUUUAGCUUGCAUAUUACAUGGUGCUUCACCGUUAACUCGGCGUGACCGAGACCAGCACAGCGGGGCACAUCGUUAAGCGGGGUGAACUGAAACUUGUUGACUUUUGUUGUGUAUUUGUUGACAUUUGUAUUGUGUAUUUCACAAACUGGUUUAUUUACCGUUGAGGCGGACCACUCUCCUCUGUGCGUCCCUGAGCUGCCUGCUUCAGAUCUGUCACUCUGCUUUGCUGUGAGGUAGUAAGUGGAUGAAGAUUGUCAUGAGGUCGCUGCGCCAUCUACAGGAUAAGUUGGGGAACUUUUCAAAUUGCGGAACAUUUUCAAAGUGAAACCGAAUCUUAUUCUCCGCAUUUUUUUUCUGAAAGUACACACGAAAAUUGCAUGAAAAACACUUUUUAAAAAUUUUACGCACCACUCCGCCCCAGGUAGUAGGGUCGUCUUUUUGGGGAUUCAGAAUAUAGUCACCCUAAACUACAUCAGUACACUACACAAUUCAUCCAGAUCCUGAUCUCGAACAGGGAGGGAACUGAUUAAGAGAUGCGUAAAACUGGAGUGUUUUUCCAUCAUUCAUGCCUUUUAUCAACCAAACAGACUGGCACCAACUGCAGCUGCGUGUUGUUUUUUGUUAGAAAUAAACAGAAGCCACAGUUUUCUUUAGUCCUGCAGCGCUGGGACUGAAUCCAGACGUUUGUCUUUGUUUCUGCAGCCUGCGACAGAGCUUCUGGCUCUAAGCUUUGACGUCUUGACUCUGCAACACCAGAGCAAAGCCAAAAUAGUGAAAGAGGAAGCAGAGACACUUCAAGCUAUUUUUGAGUAGUUUUGCAUACAUGUUCAUAUCACUCCUGUCGUUUCGUCACCACAGGAGCAAAUUAAAACCUCUUUGCAAAAACAAUACAAAAGCUUUCUCACCCCCACAUCCUCAGCACUGCUAGUCUAAAGGAUGACUUAAGUACAUAUGUAAGAAAAAAGGUUUUUUUCAUCAUAAUCCUUCCUUAAUCCUUGCUGGAUGUUGGUUUCUUUUGAACUCUCUGUGAUCCCACAGUAGAAAAUUGAAAUUACAAGAGGAAAAUCUUGUAAAAGCUCCUCAAAUGGGCUGUUUUGAUGUGAAAUACAAGGACUGUAAUUCUUUUUGGAACCCGUUCAGUUUUCUGACCCCAUGGUUACCAGAAAUUUACAGUGCGCCAAGAGACUGGAUUGAAAUCACAAUUCUCCAUCUCUCUUCGGUGAAAAGGAAAAAAUCUCAAGCACAUGAGACAAUUUUUUUUAACUGACAGAAACACAACUUUUUUUCUGAACUGCCUUGUUUUGAUCAUUUUUAUAACAGCUGGUGCGCUCACACGCUUGUUUUGCAGUAGGGGGUGAAAAUCUGACCGCACAGUACUUAUUUUGUGUUGGAAAGAUUGACUUUGAAAUUAAAUAAAAUACAAAAUUAUCAUAAAAUCAUGAACAGCUGUUGCUGCUAAAUGCAGCCAUGGAUAAAUCAGUGAGGAAGAGUCUCAAAUAAUAUACUGAAGUCCUUCAAUAAUGAGUAUUUCUUCGUUGUUUUCUGGACUUAUUUAUCUCAUAUGUGAGGAUAAGAAAGGGCCCGAGAGCCGAUUAAAUCAGCCAGUUUUAGCCCGUUUGAGACUAAUCAGUAAUUGGCCAAAACUUGCCGAUUUUCGCCGAUAUUUUCAGAAAUAAAAUGCGGAGAACAAGAUUUGGUUUCACUUCGACAAUGUUCCGACAUUUGAAAAGUUCCCCGACUUAUCCUGUAGAUGGCGCAGCAACCUCAUAACAAUCUUCAUCCACUAACUACCUCACAGCACAGCAGAGUGACGGGUCUGAAGCAGGCAGCUCAGGGACGCACAGAGGAGAGUGGUCCACCUCAACGGUAAAGAAACUAGUUUGUGAAAUACACAAUAAGUCAACAGGUUUCAGUUCAACCCACUUCACGAUGUUCCCCGCUGUGCUGGUCUCGGUCACGCCGAGUUAACGGUGAAGCACCAUGUAAUAUGCAAGCUAAAGUUAGAGUUAGCCAUCUGCUAUUAGCCUUGCUACACUGUUAGCCAUGCCAGUAACAGUAGAAUUAAAACGCUUUUCUGGUCCGAGUUUGAUCAGUCGGUCUUCCUGUCGGCAUGAAAAGCAUUAGCCUACAGUGUAUCUACAGUGUAAUAUAGUAUACUUUAGCUAUCUACAGUAUAUAUAUAUUUUUUAUAACUUCAUAAAAAAAUUUAAAAAUCGGCCGAUUAAUCAGUAAUCAGAUUUUUUUCCCCCCUAAUCAUCGAUAUCGGCAACGGCCCCAAAAAAUCUAUAUCAGUCGGGCCCUAGUUUUCACAUUACAAGAUAGGGCUGUACGAUUAAUCGAUUUUAAAUCAUAAUCAGAUUACUUGAUAAUGAUGAUGUUAAAAAAAAUUAAAAUGGUCAAAUCGAUUUUCCUUUCUAUCAUGUCUCGUGCCUCCAGGCCACCGUAGGCUCCCCCUUCCCAGUUCCAACACACACCAGUGUAAACAAACAUGGCGUUUUCAAAAGGAGGCGAUAAUUUUGUGGCUGAAUAGGACAAGAGCAAGUCAGUCGAGUGGAAUUGGUACGGCUUCGCAGUUUCAGAUGAAGAGCAAACCACUCCCUGCUGCAAAGUUUGUCUGAACCCAUCCACAUGGAAACAAAUUUAGGAGUAAAUGCACAAGUUUUUUGUCAUGCAGCCCUAUUGCAACAGAUGAACUAACUCGUCCUCUGGAGGUCACAAAGCUGUCCUCACACUAAUAAGAUCAUUUCUUUCUAAUCUGAAACAACAAGACACUCCAGACUAAGAGGUGCUGUAUUGUCAUUUCGAGUUUAGAUUAUGUUUGCUCGCUUAUGCUACUCUAGAGAUAUGAGUACAGGUCGGCUAACAUCCAUAUCUCCUCAGAAAUUGACUCAUUAUCAGGGAAAAUGGGCUAAAUAAAAGAAUGAAUACAUGUCUGACAGUAAUUCAGAGAAUAUCUCCCCUCCAUGUUGUUUAAACUUUUAUUUUCAUUGCAGUGAUUUCUUUGAGUGUUUCUUUUUUCCUGGAGUCCCUCUGCACCAUUCCUCACAUCUUCUCUAAUUUCACUUUAAUGCCAUCUAUAAAUUGUUGUAAAACUUCAUCAUUUUGCCGGCGGCUCCCAUCCCUCCACUUUGCAUCUUAUUAUAAGAGCUCACAGAUACUUUCAGAGCAUUAAAUCCUGCACCCAAGUGACAGCAGUGUUUUCUGAGAGUCCUGGAAUAAUGUGAGAUUUCCAGGGGAGUGCUAACAAAGGUUCAAGCCUGACUGUAAAGCUGUUUGUCUGCUUUCAUUUCAGUGCCGACUCAUCUCGGUGCAUCAAACAGAUGGAGUAAUGUACAGAACAGAGCACAUGCAGCCCCUCGGGGUAAAACCCUGCGUCUGAUCCUCGCCUGUAAAGGAACAAUCAUGUGAUCAUGAGCGCCUCAGAAGCUGGAGCCUCCCCGUUAGCUUCCUCCAGUAGUAUUGAACUGUUGUCCGCAGCCAAACAAGGUCUGGAUCGACUCCAAAUCACAUCACACGGCCAUGGGCUGCUGUCAUCUCGCCGCAGCGUGCUUCUCUAAAAGGCUUUACCCUAUCAGUGUGUGUUUGGACAAUAGCAGAGGUGUGUGUGUGUGUGUGUGUGUGUGUGCGCACACCACACUCACACACCUUGGUCUCUCUGACUCAGGUACACAGUGAAUCCAGAUCAGCGGGCUCUGAUGAAUCUUGCAUGUGUCUGUGCGCCAGCCUGAGGACGGGCUGUAAAUCUUAAAGAGAGGGAUCGCUGGGUCCUCGCAGUCUCACUCUGGAGUUAGAAACCAGCCGGCACCGCUCAGACCCGACUGUAAAACACAAUAAAUCACAGACUUUCACUCAGUCACAUGAACACACAGUUUACAGUGCAGACGUGGAUGAAACUAAAACGACAAUUUUUAUCACCUCAACAUCGAACAGACUUUGAAUAUCCAAGUUUCCCUGAGCAGCAGGUGAACGUAAUCUUCGACGUGUCCACCAAAGCCUGGCUCACACUUUCAGACACCUUAAGAUGUCUUAGACCCCACACAUGACCACGGAUGUUUCAAUAAACACAGCACACCACACGAAUAAAGACCCCUUUCAGCAGCAGCCAGAGCUCUGACCGCCACAACCGAAAAUCUUGCAAUAUUUCUUGCGGUAAAAUGUGACUUCAGAAUAAAAAAUCUGGCAGACUAUGAGAGCAACCUUCAGACGCCCCCUAGGAACACUUUAACUUAGGAGGAUAGUGAUGGGCACGGCAGUUCGUAUGGAUGUACUGAAUCACUACUCAGUUCACUAAACAAGAUUUGUUCAAAAGAUUUGUUCAACCAAUCACAGAAUCAUUCAGUUGGUUUGUGGGAGGAGUCUGUGACUGAAAAAUGUGUCCUACAGUUUCAAAAUUUAAGAAAAUGUUUAAACGCAAAGUAAUGGACAAGUAUAAAACACUAUAACAGUACAAUAUAAUACCUCUCAAGAUUUUAAUUUGUUGUUGCACUUGUUAUUAACUAGUAACAAGUGUAUUAACAACCAAAUAUAGCAGAUGUUUUACAGCACUUCUUUAUUGUUUUUGACUUUUUGAUUUAGACUAGCAGAGAAUUCCAGGAAAUAUUAGUUUGUUAGUUAGUUUGUUGUUCUAGUUAAACAACAUGAAACCAUGUGUCGUACUAUCUGUUCGUUCUUUGUUUUUUUUGUUUUUUUUUGUUGUUGUUUUUUUGUUGUUUUUGUUUUUUUUUUGUUUUUGUUUGUUUUUUGUUGUUGUUUUUUUUGUCUUUCCUUUUGUCUCACAUUUAAAUGGGGUAGGUGCUAUAAGCUCUUAGCUUUAGCCUAUACCCUUUCGGCCAAACAGUAUGACUACUGAAACAAAUGUAAUUGAAAUGUCAUGGAAUGGAAUAUACCUUGUUUCAAAGUCGAAAUAAACUUUAACUAUAACUAACUAUAACUAACUCUGACUCCCUGAACUGAUGAACUGAACUGAACUGAUCCCUCAAACUGCUGGUUUUAUACACGACUUGUUACAUGCUGUGUUCGUCUGUACACAAGUUGUUGUUAAAACAACAGGGGAACAAUGGUCGCUAUGAAAGUGUAUCCCUCAUACAAAAAUAAUUCCAGAGACAGGGUUUCCCCUACAUAAAUCAUGUAGGGGACGAAUGCAUGAGGCAGGUGGAGAGAGGAGGGCAGGGAGAGGAGGCAGGUGUGUGUAUCUGUGCCUGAAAUGCUAAGGGACCAGAGAAAGGCUGUAUUGAUCUAACUGCAGCUCUAAAAGGUGAGAGACAUUAUCCCAAAUGUUGAGUGUUUGGUAUUUUAAGUUCUUCUGCAACCCUCUACAGAAAAAUGUCUUGUGAACAGCAAAGAAAAGUGGACAGGUAGGGUUUUCUGCCAGCAAAGCAUGGUCUAGGUCGAUGAUUCCUUUUCAAUUUUAAUUUUAGAAAUGUCUGAGAAAGGCAAAGAAAUAAGACAUCACUGUGGGCUCUUGAAAUGUCCGACGAAAAACCCAAAGAGCUGUGCUGAUGGACCCAAGAGAAAAAGGAAAACUCAGCAGAGACCAGUGUCUGGAGAAUCAAAAAUCUCAGUUUCUGUUUCCACUCUGCAGAGCUGGGCAUGUCCGUCAAAAGUGUGUUUGCUCAGUUAGUUCACUAACUGGAGAGAAAAUGUGGAAAUGUGCAGUUUUAUGUGUGCAUAUGAAUUGGAGAAAUGAUUCUGUAUGAUCCCUAAGAGCUGCUUAUUGAUGCUCUUGGACAGCAGCAGCGUUUCCCCCCAUGUUCCCCGUUCACAUCAGUGAGUACUCUGGCGCUGACGCUCGAUGAAUUUGGGUUAUGAGGAUUUUUGUUGGCAUGAAAAAGCAGUUAAAGUGUUUUUCCCUCUAAAAUGUUGAUAAAGUGAGUUUCUGUGGAUUUACCUUGUUACAUUUUUAUGAGGCUUUGUUGCUCUGUGGCAGGGUGUUUAACAAGCAGAACACCUCGCCUCGCUGUGACAGCCGCUGUCUGAAAAUGGGUUUUGGUCCGGAGUCAGCAGCACUCGGGUGCUGAGGCUGCUGUGAUCCUCGCCACGGUCACAUGAGGAGCAAUUUGCACAAUAAACCGAAGCGCCUGACUGUAACAGGUGGAUGAAUAAACCAGCUUCAUUUACCAAAUGAAGCUGGUUUAUUGUUACAACCUGAACCUUUUCACACAGAGGCUCACUGAUGCAUUCAUAAACAGCUGCAGGGAUGGUUCAGAGGACUACAGUGAAAAACCUGCGACAUCUCAGAGCAGGAGAAGUAAAAACUAGGGAUAACGGUAAUAUUAUCUCAUUUAAAAUAACACAAAUUAAUCAAACCUUCUGUAUUUUUGCACUGCAGAACUUUUGGUUGGUUUUUUGUUCUAAAAACAAUGAUGGAUGAAACUCUGGAUGAACCAAAAUCCAUGUUACAGCUAGCGUGGAAGUUAACGUUAGUCAGACUCUGAGUACAGUGACCCACAUCCGACCCACACUUGACCAGAUGGGAGAAUCUCUGAAAUUGAUUCUGUAUUGUAGGGCUGAAACGAUUCCUCGAAUACCUCGAGUACCUCCAUUAUAAAUAAUGAUCGAGGAAUUUUCUCUGCCUCAAGUACUCGUUUAUAAGCUCAAAUCAUCACUGUUUCACACGGAUUCCUUUGAAGGUGACACAAUGUGCUUACGUCACCACGGUAGGAGGAGUAAGUGCUGUUAAGGUUUUGCAGAGCAAAAAAAAUAAAUGAUGAGAGGAACUUUUCUUGCAGUGUUGCCAAUUUAGCAACUUUUCAGACCCCCCUGGCGAAUUAUUUUCAAAAAACGCCUAGCUACAAAUCUAGCAACUUUUUCUGGAGUUUUGAGGCUAUAACAUGAAAGCAGGUAUCAUUAUGACUCUUCUAAAACACAGACAUAGACAGACACUCCAAAGAAAGACACAUCUCCGAUGCAACGCGAUGAUGUCAUCUAGCGACUUCUAGCUACUUUUACGACAGCCACUAGCGACUUUCCUUACUGAAGAGUUGGCAACACUGUUUCCUUGUGCAGAGCUCCAGUAGCUCAUUAGCACUUAGCCUCUGAGUCGUGGGUGGAGACAGCGCUGCUCUGCACACUUCUCUUCACACUAGCUUGUAGCCUAACGUUGCUAGUGUCGUAGCAGAAGCAGGUCACAUCGGAGCUGUUCAGCUCUCGGACACUAAUGUCUUUAGAGGCAUGAUGAAAGUUAACAUCAUAAUUAGCUUUCUUACGAGCAUCGCAAUCCGCUAGCGCACACGCUUGUUCCGCGAUUGUCCUCUAUUUCUCCGAGUCUGGCCUUCAUAGGAAAGCCUUCAUAGGGUAUAGGAAAUCUAACUUUAUGUGAGUCUGCCGUUUGGGUCCAAUUACUCGAGUAAUCAAUGGAAUAUUCGAUAGAAUACUCGAUUACUUAAAUAUUCAAUAGCUGCAGCUCUACUGUAUUGUUAAUUCCUAAUAUUGCUGCUUUUAAUGGCAUUAAAUAAGCACUGAUCUGUUUGUCUUGGCUAAGUAUCACCUUGACAAAAUAAACAAGGUUUUGUUUGUUUAAGCUUAUGUAUUUAUUCAGUUCACUAUUUAUUGAUUCACUCGUAUACCAUUAAAAAAAAAAAUAAAAAUUCUCACUGUUCUCAGGUCAAAUAUUUAUAUGCGAUCAAAAUGCGAUUAACUGUGAUUAAUUGAUAACAAAGCCUCUGAUUAAUUAGAUUAAUUUGUUUAAUCGAGUUCCAGCCCUAGUAAAAACACUCCUAUCCUUGCUUAUGCUUUUGUAUGAUAUUCAGCCUUAAACUGACUUGUUUGAGUUGAUGAAGGGCAAAUUGAGUACAAUUUUUGAAGACAAUGCAAGCCAAACAUGAGGACUUGUCCAAGUCAUGUCAGCAGUGAGGAGUGUAGAAGAUCAGGGUGUAUUUAAAACCAGCUCAAUAAAGAAGAUAUUUGUGAUACUGCUCUUUUAUCCUCACUUGUCACUGUGCAUUUUAACACACAUCACAGUGCAUCUCAUUAUUGAAUCCUGAUUUCUGUAACACAAACCCCUAGACAUACCUGAGCUCCAACAGUGAUAGACUUUGAUGAUUCAGCCCAAAUGCACCUCAUUAAAUGCUAAAGUCAGGGUCAACUUACAGAAUAAGAAGUGAAAAUUCAAAGCACAUAUGAGUCAGUAUGUCUAACCUUCUGUAUGCAGUCAUGUAAAGUCUCCUCAGUGUAGCCUUUAGAUCUGAAUCCAGUGUAGAGAUCAGCAUCCUGUUCUUCUGUUUUAUAGGCGUUAUAGUAUGAUUUGUCUCCAGCCUCUUGCUCUGUAGCUCUCUGUCGUUUUUGUAACAGCUUGAUCUGUAGAAAUGUGUUUGUACAGAUUGGAUAUGAAUCUACUGGCUAAUAUUUGCAUUUGUUGUGUUCAUGUAUCUGAAGGAAGUUUAAGUUUACAGUAGGGCCCUGUUUGGUUUUUGGUGUUUCAGAGUCUAACAGAGGUCUCCUGCUAAUUUGAAUCCUGUGUAAACACUGCUUUACACCCCAAAAGAACAACAAAACACUUUUAUCCCUCUCUUAUGGAAUCUGUUUUUUUCUGCAGCAUCUAUUUCUACAGAUUGUAUUUUCAUAAUACAUAAUAAUAUGAUAGUAUUUUCAUUUUCAUUUCCUGGUUCCCUAUUGUUCCCUGUAGUCCAGUCUUGUGAGUUUUCAGUUUAUGUUUGACCCUGUUUCUCUCCUGUUCUCAGUGUUUUGUUCUUUAAAUCAGUUUUCGGUGUUUAUUUCCUGUUUUAUUUUGUAGUAGUUGAUUCCUUGUGUUUCUAGUCUGGUUUUACUUCCUUAGUUUUCCCUCCUUCGUUAAUCACUCAUGAGUUUCACCUGUGUCUCUUCUGCCACACCUGUUGCUCAUUGGAGCUCGUUACCCUGUGUGUAUAUAGUCCCUGUCUUCCCCUGUUAAAUGACUUGUAAUGAUAUAUUUGUUUGUCUGUUGUGCUUUCUGUGUUGUUCUCACGUCUGUUUUUUAACUGGUUCAUGUUUGACCACCUUAGAAUGGUCCAUUUUGGGAGGAAAGUUUGGGUACUCUGCUUUUGGCUCACUUUAACAUGAGUCUGUCUCUAAGCUGUGUAGCUGCAGUUAUAAAUUCCUCAAGGGUGCUUUCAAACCUGACCUUUCAGAUCUGCUUGUAAACUUUUGAAGUGCCACUGUAAUUAAGAUGUUUUAUACCCUUGGAUCAAGCACAUGUCUGUUUGCAGAUGAUUUUUUUUCUAAUUUUCAUAGAGUCCGUGCCUAAUCCAACCGAGCCAUCGAUCCGCUGUGAGCCCCACAUAUCUUUGUCUGUUUCCUUCGUCUAAAUGCGGCACAUUGGAGGCAGAUUAAAGGGUCAUUUUUCUGCCUCACUGGCUAAUUAACAGUUUUAAUUGCUCCCGAUCAGGGGAAUUAGCGGCCGGCCCUCCGUUGUGUACUCUCAGUGUUUCCGCCGCCAUUGUUCCACAUCCUCCAGUUUCCGUCUUAGUGACAACACAGAAGUCAAUUAGGUUUGAAGAGAGCGGAGGAGCCGUCUUUGUUCUACCUGGGUAUUAGAGCUGACAUGAACAAAGGUACUUAAAGCUUCCUCUCAGACUUAUGUGGAUCUUUAGACUCAUUGAACGUCUGUUUGCUUUAUUCUCACUGAAGAGCUGCUUCCCAGCAUAAACUUAAAGCUGCGUUUCACUCAGUAAUGAAUUCACUUUGCGCCGCACUUGAUAAAAACAAAGACCAAACAAAGAUGCAUUUAAAUUCAGGUUAUACCUCCGUUUGCUAAAGAUUUCUGUCAUUAAUUAAGAAACAAACACGCAGGGUGCCCACGUAGUCCUGCAGCAGGUACGCCAUGUAACAAAGAACAUGCAAAAAAUAAACCUCAGAGGAUGACGUGCAAAUGGAGAUGACUCGAUAAUCGGUUUCGUCUGCUUGUAACUAUUUUAAUUGUUGCAGUGACUCAACAGGAAAACACACGUCUAGUUUAAUAGAAUGAUGAUGACUAAGAUUUCACAAUACAAAUCUUUGACAUGCAAUUAACCUGUAAAAUUACUCUGAAGAGACUGACAGAGGCUGGAAAUAGAGAGAAAGCUUCUGUUCGUUUGUCUUUUUGCAGACUAUACACCACCAGCUUUCAGCCUUUCCUGCAGUUUAGAGUCCACACGUCUGUACUGGUUUCUGGUUUCUCAUUGAGUGUUUUUGACCACUUUAUGAAGACGCAACCUAGAGACAAAUGUACCUCCAAUUUUUAGAUCAAAAUACUGACAAACAUCACCGCACCGUGAAACAAAGAAAACAUUUACUUUCAUUUCCUGAGGCUAUAUUACUGAUUUAUUCUGUUAGCAAGGAUUUUUUUUCAACAUCCUCAUAAAGGAACUGUGUUUAUUUGUUAAUAUUGGACCAUCUGCUCAGUGCUACAAAUUUACUUCUGGUGUUGGUAUUACCAUAAACCGGGAGUCUUAUUAUCCUGACACAGAUUCACAAACUCACCGCAGAACAUCUGCCCAAGGAUCCAAACUCAUUGGUCUCAUUGUACAGGGAGCAAAGACUUUAUAGAGAAUGGACACCGUCUGCCUCCUUGCUGAGUGAAGCCACCCUGAGAACAGCACCCUCUGGUGACGGGCUGCAGUAUAGGUCAUAAAUCCUGCUGCCUCCAGCAAUCCCUAUUGAGUUGUGGACAAACAUUUGAAAUUAAUUUCAUAAAAUAUAAAUGUUUCUUCCCCCCUGGUUGUGAUGUUGACGUAGUUACUGUAAGACUGCUUUGUGCUCAAGUCCUCUUUUUUAGUGUAGCUCCAUUUUUAAGAGUUAUUCAGGGGUUUGUUUUUUUCUAUGAUUGACACUCGAUACAACCUAUGGGCAUACUAAGACUGCGUAGCUCACCCGGGGAUAUGCUAUGAUUUAGCCUCCUUGUCUCAUACUUUGCUUGUGUAAUUGUGUCCAUUUCUAGUCCUUAAACACCGGGAACGACGCAAAUAUACGACGCGAGAUUCCGAAAUAUUUGGAGGCAAAUUUUGACACGCCUGACUAUACAUAUCAAGCGCAAUGCAAUUCUGCAACUUUCUGGGGGAAAAAAGACACGUCCCGGGUGGAAGCGAGAAGACUGACACAACAGCAGACUGACUGUUUUUCAGUUCUGAUUAGACACUAGUGUUGAGAUGUCUGUCUGUCAUGAUAGCAUGUACUGAGUCAGGGCCGGUACCAGAUAAGCACAUUAAACUAUAAUCCAUAAAUGUAAGGUAACAACCGAGACCUAAUGGUGCUGUGACAGCAACGCGAUUGAGUUUGAGACAGUGAAAAUACAUAUGGUAUGUUGUAUCUGAACAGGUUAGCUUACGAGCUAAAGUUACUUAGCACAGAUGAAAGUUAAAACAAAGACGUUUAGCAAACUGUUAAACCACACAAACCGUCAUCAUAUGUGAAAUCAGAUGCUAUGACUCUCCACAAGUUGUCCUUCAGGUCAUUAUCUUUGUAAUGUUUGUGCACUCUGUUCUCCGACACGUAAACAAUCGGUGAAUCUGACGUCACAACAACACAGAAUCUGAUCAGAAGUGGACACACAGUAUGCAAAACUUUAGAAAAAUCGACCAUGAUCUGAAAAAAUAAAUGCCGCACUAUCGCAGGACUGGAAAACAUUGCUGAUGUGAACGCUUGUAUUCUUGUAUUGACAGGAUACGUGUUCGAGAAAAAAUAUUGACGUCCAAAAUAAUCGCCUUAAGGACCUUAAUGUGAGCGCUUCUGCUGGAGGCCCUGCGGUGCAGCCUGUGUCUUGACCAUGGUUAGAUAAAUGUUUUUUGUCUUUUUUUGUUUUAGUAUUUUCUUUGUGCUUGUUAUCAUGAUUAAAUUUGAAGUUUCAUCUGUCUUUAAAACCCUGAGUUGGUGCAAGUUUAUUCGCAUCAGGUCUGAGUCUGAAACAGCUGCAAUUUUAUUUUAUUUUUUUCUGACAAAACACCAGUCAUCUCAUCUGGUCUGACAAUCAAAAUGUUUGAUUUAAUCCAAAAGAUUCACAUCCCUGAUGUGUUAUUUCGUGAUAUUUUCUUGCCAAAUUUGAGUUAAAUCAAUUCAGACCUACAUUUGAUGAAUAUUUCAGUCGGUGUCAUUACCUGAUGUAAACUGUCAUCUGCUGCAUUAUAAGCAGUUGGGCCCAAAUGUGUUUCUUCACUCUGAGGACACUUUUGCGGAUAUUGAAUGAGGGAUUUAAAUGAAGAGGUUGCAGUGGGGAAUUAGCCAAAUUCAGCAGAAAAUAACAGGAAGAAGGAAAGAAAGAAAGCCAAGAUAACCUGCAAAUUCAGCACUAAGUUUUAGAAACUGCUGCAAACCUUUUAGGGCCUUUUUUAGUCUUUGUGAGGAUGUUUGAGAAUCACUGCCAUGCAUCAUGCUGUCUAUACCUCUGCACAGUAUAUUCUUCUACAUAUUUCUUCUUCUUCAUUUCUUGACAGCCAGCUGAACUCUGUAACCGAACACUUUGUGCAUGAAUACCAUUUAUGCUUUUUAUUCCUCUGCGUUUUAUUCAUAAGUCUCUUAACAGAAUCCGUCUCUAUUUGAUGAAAAUGGCUCUUUUGGAUCCGCUAAUUCACUCCUCUUCAGAGCGAGUCAGAGUCAAGGACACUUCACUUACCUCCUAAGCAACCAAACAUGUUUUUGUUCAGGGAUUGGUCUUCCUGUGCUUUCAGCUCUGUGAACAGGUAAUAAAACAGACACACUGACUUCAGCAGCUUGUGUUCCCACUGCUGUUGGAGCUGACUGAGACCUGUGGGUUGAAAGUUAGACUGGUUUGACCCAGAUUGAAUAGUUACAUUUCUGAACAAGUGUUUUUUUUUAUUUUUUUUUUUGUCCAGUAAAUUUACUCUCAGGAUCCUCAAAUGUGAUCUAUAACUCAUAGCCUUUGCUGUGUGCAUCACUGAAAUAAUACAAGAGUCUUUGGUUGUUAUUUUAACAGAUUUUAGCUCAAAAUGACCUGCAUUAAUGUCAGUUCAUCCCAGACAUUCAUUCUUCCAAUGCUAGAUUAAAAAUUGGACUGCAUGCAAAUAAAAUAUGUAGGGACGUACCAAUCCAAUAUCAGAUAUCUGUCCGAUUUAAAAAAAAAAAAGAAAAAAAAUUCAGAUUAUAUUGGCCUGCAUCUGAAGUCUGUAGGCCAUAUGGCAGUAUUUUUCAUCUAAUUCCGAAAAAGACGUUGUAGCUGAGGGCAAAACUAGUCAUGCACAAGUUUGUGCUAAUAUUGGAUACCGUAUUUUUCGUACAAUAAAGCGCACUUAAAAUCCUUUAAUUUUCUCAAAAAUCCUCAGUGCGCCUUAUAAUCAGGUGCGCCUUAUGUAUGAAUUCUGGUUAAGCCUACUGACGUCGAACCGAUUUUAUGUGGUACACAGCGCUCAGAAAUCUGUCAAAAUGUUUGAUUACGACUUUGGUAAGCUACAAAACCGCACAGCCUGACGGCUUGUCGGAGCACUGCAGCUACCGUAGCCUCGCAGAGUUACUAAAUGAGUUAAAGAAGUUUGACUUAUCUGACUGUUUUGUUUGGUUUAACAUGCUUUAUAAUCUGGUGUGCCUUAUAGUUUGAAAAUAGACGCGAAUAGACACGUUCAUUGAUGGUGCGCCUUAUAGUGCGAAAAAUCGGUAUCGGUAUCGGCUAGUACUGAGGGCUACUAUGUCGAUAUUGUAUUGGAAGUAAAAAAGUUGUAUUGGGACACCCCUAAAAAUAGGACCAUGUUAGUUUGUAGUAAUUGUGCAGAAGAACUAAAGCUACUGUUUAGUUCAGGUCGUGCAAAUGUUUGGACAUGUUUGAAUUUCGCAGUUUUAUCAGUCAUGGUCUUUUUCAGCGCAAACACAAAAGCCAGUCAUAUGGGGUUAAACGCUUGUGGGUGGUGCCUCCUCCUCUGCUGCCCCUUACGUUGAAGGCAAGCCAUCAGGUGGACCAAUGAGUAGAUAAGAUUAGAUAAAACUUGAUUGGUAUUUUUUGGAGGGUUGAAAAUUUGUUGCCGUUAGUAUGACAGUUGCUUCUACAUGCAGUCCUAUUUUGGUGUCGAUCCUGGAAUACCCCCACACAGCACUCCUUGGAUGAUUCAGUGCUGCUUUGCUUCACCACAACCUCCAUUUUUGUAGGAUAACAUUACUAUUUUAGUUUCCUGAGGUCAACAGUGUCAUUCAGUGGUCAGGUUACGAUGAGAGUGCCCUUUUUUUGGAUCAUACAGAAAGCAACCUCAUGUGUCCUGAUUUAUUGGGAGACUGUAUCAUAAUAUUCCAUUAAAGUUGCUCAUAAGCGCUACCCAAUAGCAGCAACUAGGUACUACUUGAAAAUAUUAUUGUAUAUUAUAUAUUAUUGUGUUUCCCUGUUGACUCAACAGGUAUAAUAUAUGGUCUAAAAAUGUCAUGUUAGUUUUCAAAUAUCAAAACCAACUUUUUUCAUCAUGAUCUAACGGCAGCACUGUUGUUUGUCUGCAGCUGACUCAUACCUGUAGAUUGACAUUAUUGCAGAUACAUUCUGACUCUUCCAAAUGAAGGUAUCUGUAUGAGUAAAUAUUAAUGUCUCUGCCUGUUUGCAGCUCUGGCUCUUGUUGAUUAGUUGGUAUUAACUCCCCCUCGCCCUCCCCUCUUCCUGUCUGCCCUCUCCUCUCUCUGAUUAUCGGAAACUGAAAAAUGAUUAACCUCCUGCUGCAGGUUCAGACGUAUCAAUUUACCGCAGCUGUUUCAAUGUCCUUGUCAAACAUGUGCAGGAAUAAGGAGCUCAAACCACAAUAAGCACCAAUGUUUUUCCAUGUUUCCUCUCAGCGUGGCAUACCGCGGUUACACAGUUCUUCCUCAUUUGUCUCAAAGACUUAAAUAGUCAUGAUUCACUGCAGCAGCAGCAGCGUGUUUGAACACAGAUUUCACUCCGAGGGAUGGUUUUCUCUGACUUUGAAGAGGAUAAAAAGUUUCCUCCCUGCUGCGAAACCCACAAGUCGCUGGAAUAAUCUCCUAUCUUUGGUAUUUCAUGCAGUGAUCCUCAUUGUAUAAGAUUAUCCAGAGUGAGAUUUCACAAAGAACUUGACAACAUUACAGAACACCUGCUGUUCCAGCAAAGAUCUUGAGCUUAGGCUGGCCACAAGUUCAGUUUUACCCACAGUACAUCAGUCCAUGUCAGCUGACAGCUCAGCUGAUUUCCAUCAAUAAAAGCAGCUGUCAGAUAUAAAAAUGUUGGUUCUAGUUGAACAGUUUUAGCCUGUCUGCUCUUUGCUGCUGCUCUCCCUGUCGCCAACACCAGCUUUCCUUUUCAUGCUGUAUGAUUGAACCAGUGUCAUUUGGAUUGUCAUCAGUGAUAGAUAGAUAGAGAGAGAGAGAGAGAGAGAGAGAGAGAGAGAGAUAAAUAGAUAGAUAGAUAGAUCAGUGUUUUCCCUAGAAUUUUUGUGUUUUGGUAAUCGUUGUUACCCCCACUUUCUUGCCACUCCAGGAGCUACGCUGUUACAUUCACAUUACGUUACCCGCGAUACUCGCAAUAUAGACCGUGUAUAAGCUUAAACGUUACCCUUCACGUUAGUGGAGGAGGGUCCGACAGGAUUUGAUGCGCUCGUUGAUGACUCAUAACAAGUCGAAAAUAACGGCGUGUGUUGUUGGGCUCACACAGCGCGAGUAGAACUCAGUAGUGCCGCAUUGAUAAUAAUGCUACUAAUGCUAUUAAUGCUACUUGCUAUACAGAGCAUGUUUAAGCUUGAACGUUACCUUUCACGUUGAAGGAAGAGGGUCCGACAGGAUUUGAUGCGCUCAUUGAUGACUCAGAAUAAGUUGGAAAUGUGCGUUGUUGUGCUCACACAGUGUGAGUACAUGCUAUGUGAGAUAAAAACUAAUUUUUUUAGCCGUGGCGGUGCGCCAGGAUCAAUUGCAUGUAGGGGGAAACCCUGGAGAUACUUAUAGAUCCCAGAGGGAAAUUCAAAGUUGGGAGUUGGUGGAAAAGGGGACCUGACCUGCCAAGGCCCGAGAAAGGAGAGGGGUACAUGAAAAUCCUUUUUUUUUUUCUUUGUUAUUUUUGUAUUUAUUUAUUUUUUUGUGAUGUUUUUAUUUCAAAUGAAUUGGGCCCUCCAAUUAAUUGGUGUCAAAAUGUAUUUCAAAAUAUAUUGAUAACAUUAAAUGAGAGAAUUAGAUUUAUCUCACAGUCCUCCCAAGAUAUUGGACAUACUGGGCGCCCCCUCUUGGAGGCGCAAAACGGUUUUGUCUGACAGCGACAGGCGAUAAGUGUAACAUCAGUGUGUAUUUAAACACAAGCACGCCAAAUGCAUCAAUUCAGGUAGUGAAUGAAAGAACUGCUCAUCAAUUCAAUCAAUCAAAUCAUCAAUCAAUUAAAACCCUAUUUAUGCUUUUAUAUUGUAGAUAAAUACCCCUUUUUCUUUUUUUUUUCUUUUUUUUUGCCCACGCGCCUUGUGCAUUGGCAUGGAUGGGGACCCACUGACAUUGAGAGUGUACAGAGCCCAGAAUUUGGUGCUACGCCCCUGAUUGCCACGAAUGCCAGCUCUGGAGAAAUGUGAGAUUGAGCAAAAUUAUCGUCUUCCCUGAUAGGCAGUUCAGCCAGCUUGGAAAAGUUGGAGUCCCCCCCGCAGCUCGUGCGCAGUCCAGGAUGUGUUUACCGAGCCAGGUUUCAGUAAAACACGGGGUGGCUGUGCGGCUCACAAGUCCAGAUAUAUAACAAUGCAGAGCUCGCUACAUGAAACUUAUGAAGUGGUCCUGACUGCAGAUACUUCUGAUUUUUUUUUUUGUUAGUUGUAACUGUUUUCAACUGAGCAUCACAAAAACAUUAGCUUGGAUGGUCCUCCACAGUCCAGGUGUGUUUUGGAACCGUGUCCAACCUCAGCACAGAUCAGGUCCUCCAAAGAGCAGCAGCCGAAGAUAUUGAAGUAUAAACAAAGCAGAUGAAGAGGGGCUUCGGGGGCAGCGCUCUCCAAAUCGUGGAUUAAAUGGAUAUUUCAGUGCAGAGUUGAACUCCUCUAAGGAAUAUCAUCAGACUGAAAAUAGAAAGCGGCUGGUGUGUUUCUCCUGUGUUUGUUGAAGGUGUCAGCUCUGUGAAAUCCUGUAGACCUAAUAGGCUUAAAGGAUAAUAUCACUUUGUUUCUCCUCUCUUCUGUCCUUGCUCAGUGUCUGGUGUUUGAAGAUGCUCCAAACGGUGUGAAGGCUGCGCUGGCGGCCGGGAUGCAGGUGGUUAUGAUUCCGGAUGACAACAUGAACCCGAGCCUGACCCGGGAGGCCACGCUGAGACUGCGGAGCAUGGAGGAGUUCCAACCGCAGCUCUUUGGACUCCCAGAGUUCAGCUGAAGCAGGAACCGAAUCUUCAAAUGAGAGUGAAAUACAAUCUUUGUGUCAAAAUUCAGCGUUUGUUUCUAGUCUUUCGGUUCUCUGAUACACUGGGGUCUUUUUGUUGAAAUCAAUCACCAGAUUCAUAUUUUCUUGCAGGUUUAUGUUUCCAAUUAGAUAGUGAUGUUGAUAUUUUUGAUCCUGGGCUGUAUUUUUACAUAUUUUUGGGUCCUGAUAGCUUUCAGCAUUGACAUAUGCUUUGUCGCAACCUGAUCCGUCUCGGAAACCCGAUUUGUACCGCGCAUGUGCGAAAUGUACGUCACUUCCUCUACUGGCCAUCUUUGCGACAGCUCAGCAAGCUUUUGCCCCUUGCGGUUUACGAUGGCUUCAGCAUCAAUGUGAGCUUGCUUGCUUCAGUCAGAAUGGAUGCUUCAUUUUAUCACCAGCUACAUGCUUUCUCCUGAGCAGAGUGCUUUCCCUGGCUGAAGCAAAAAGUCAAGAGUAUGGCGCCCAGUUUAACGAUUAAAGGUUCCUACUACUUGUAAAAUUGCAACGUAGUUAUAAAAGGCUUGAAUGAAAGUGAAUAUUUCAAUUGUUGAAAUUGAAACUCUGUAUAAAAACGCUGAAAUUCAUUCUCCAUAAUGUUUAGGCUUCCUGUUAAUUAGUUUAAUUUAUAAAAUAAAUGAAAUUAAUCCCCCCUUGAUACUUUGAAAAGUCAGAAAACAAUAAUUUUGACCAGUUGAUGGCGCUCUCCGUGGCCCAUAAGUUCUCACUGUGCUGGGCAGGAGCUCAGGGGAAUGCCUCAGCAUUAGCCCUGGAGCCUGCAGCUAGCAAGCCUGCCAAUGGCUAGAUGGUUUCUGAAACCGAUUGGUAGUUUAAAUUAAGUUUUUAAGGUGAGGUAAAUUUGCGCUUAGGAUUGGGUAGGUAGCAAUAGUAACGACUAACUGCUGUAAAAUGCAUCGAAAUACGAGGAGAGGAAGUGAUGCACGUUUCGCACAUGCACAGUACAUAUCAGGUUUCUGGGAUGGAUCAGGUAGCGACAAGCUUUAAUGGCUGCGAUGCAAACCUAUAAAUUCUUUUGUGAUGAAGUCAGUAAAAAUCUGUCUAAAACACACAGUGUCGGAUUUAAAUGAGCAUGGACUAAUGAACUUAUACAUGGCUUUCUUUUUGUCUUCAUUUAAAGGUCCUUUCACACCGGGACCAUUUUUUACAUGUGAUUAUUUCGGACGUCAACUUUUUUUUUUGAACCCGUGAAUCCUGUCAAUACAAGCGUUCACAUCAGCGACGUUUUCCCGUGCAAUAUGCGGCAUUUAUUUUUUUGGAUCAUGGUCGAUUUUUCCAAAGUUUCGCAUACUGUGUGUCCACUUCUGACCAAUCAGAUUUUGUGUUGUUACAACGUCAGAUUCACUGGUUUAUCCAACAUGGCCGACCGGCUGAUUGUUUACGUGUCGGAGAACAGAGUGCUUUUAGAUAAGAGAUUCAAACAUUACAAAGAUAACGACCUGAAGGACAACUUGUGGAGAGCCAUAGUGUCGGAUUUCUCAUAUGACGAUGGUUUGUGUUCUUUACAGUUUGCUAAACGUCUUUGUUUUAACUUUCAUCUGUGCUAAGUAACUUUAGCUCGUAAGCUAACCUGUUCAGAUACAACAUACCAUAUGUAUUUUCACUGUGUCAAACUCAAUCGCGUUACUGUCACAGCACCAAUAGGUCUCGGUUGUUACCUUACGUUUAUGGAUUAUAGUUUAAUGUGUUUAUCUGACUCAGUACAUGCUAUCAUGACAGACAGACAUCUCAACACUAGUGUCUAAUCAGAGCUGAAAACAGUCAGUCUGCUGUUGUGUCAGUCUUCUCGCUUCCACCCGGGACACGUCUUUUUUCCCCCCAGAAAGUCGCAAAAUUGCAUUGCUAUUGAUGUGUAUAGUCAGGCAUAUCAAAAUUCUUCUCCGAAUAUUUCGUCAUUUUGCGUCAUAUAUUUGCGUCGCUCCUGGUGUGUAAGGACCUUAACUCAUAUAUGUGCAAGUUUUACUACUGCAGGCUGCAGAAACUUCCUGUGCCUACUACACCUUUUUUCUGACAGAUUUUGUUGACACUAUCAUGGUCAGUUUCAAUCUACAAAUGCAGCUUUCAACAUUUAGACCCCAAAAUAUGUAAAAACAGACCCAGUUACAGUCUAAGAUCAUAUAAGAACAAGACUUAAAAGUUCAUUUAUUUUUGCUUGAAAGAGACCAGAACCGCUCAGAGGGUUGGAGCUCGUACUCCACCGUCCUUGUUCGUACUUUGUGCCGGGGUGGUCUUAUUGAAAUGCCAAAGUCACUCCACCCUCUCGGUGUAAUCCGGUAAAGAGGCUGAGAGUUCCCCUCACCCUUUUAUCUCUGCUCAUGACGACUCACCUGUCCCUCCCACAUCGUCCGCCCUCGUUCUCCUGCUAUGCAGGCUUUAAGAUGAGGACGCAGGUGGAGCUCUGAAAACAGGAUUUAAGUGCACUCACAUUCAUGUUUAAACCAUGUUUCUGUGGCCUCUCAUCGUCAUCAUCAGAAGGAGAAGGACUUCCUUUUUUAGUGACUUCUCAUCACUCUGAGUGGUUCCUCUCUUUACACUUCACAUACGCCUUUAUUUCAAUCUCUUUUAUCAAUCACAGGAUGCAUAGAAAGAAAACCUAAUCAGACCUGACUUCUUUUUCUGCUCAGUUAAUGUUUUAUAAAUGUAUUAAAGACAUCUAUAAAACAACUCAAAGCAGAAA